UGGGAGGGGGUGGGGUAGUGUGGCUGGAUCUUGGCUGAGACAUGUCAGCACAACUCAGGGAUCAAGGCAUGCCCUCCCUCCUCCUGCACUGUCCCCAGUGUGCAAACAGAAAGGCAAUCACACUCACAGUGUGCACACACAGGGCACACUCGCUCACAAGCUGCACUGGCACAACGCUCAACAGGUGUUAAGAUGACAUAACUGAGCCAAGAGGGACUGGGGGAAAAUUAGGAAAGAUUAGGGGAUGCCUGGAGCAGUGACGGGGGCGAGGGGAGGCAAAAGGACAGAUUGAGUGCUGUAGUGCCAAAUCUCCCAAAGUUGGACUGAGACUGCAAAGCGAUUGAGAGUGAACUGCAGAGAGAAGGGAGGACAUGGAGGGGAGGGCGAGAGAAUGAAAGAGAGAGUGUUAGAGACAUAAACAAAGAAGGGGGGGAGGAAGGGAGAGAGCUGGAUAAGACAAAAGCGAGAACGUGAAAGGAGUUACAUGGAUAGAGAGAUAUUGAGAAGCACCUGCCAGAAUACAGAAGAAAGCAGAGGGAAGGACGCAGGAGACAAAGAGUGAGAGCCGGCCGUGGAGGCUGAAUGACACACACUGUAGCCAGGCACUAGCUGGAGCGCCGGGGGUAGUCUGUGCGGGGCUGGGGACACAGCAGGGAUGCCAUGUUAUGUCUGGGGACACAGAAGUCACAAGUGGAUCAGAUGCUGACGGGCAAAUCACAAAAUGAGGUAUUGAUAUUCACUUUUACUGUUUAAGCUGGUUUGAAGGUUGGGCCCCUGUAUCAGGGGCCACAGGUGUCUGGUGGGAUUGUGGGUAUGAGGGAGGCCCUGCUAGGUAUCGCUAGGGGGAAUAAUCGGAUAAUAUUGUACGUUCGGCUGUGGCCCUGGGGCGCUUACCACUGUACUAGAGCACUUUAUUAUUUUAUUGCCACAUGUUGGGGCAGAUUUGUGACCCCAUGGAUGUUUAUGGCAGUGUUGGGGGCAGUUAGCAGUUACAGAGACGGGGAAGAUGGGGCAGUUUGGUUUCAAUUAAGCUUUGUCUCACACUAUGCGGAGAGGAGCUGGUUCCAGACAUACAGCCCCCCCCCCUCCCCCAUGUUAAAAACUGGAAUACAAACUUUGCAAUAAGAACAAUUAGAGUUUAACAGACUGCUAUGUACAGUGUAAGACCUCUAGGACCGGUAGGCUAUAAUACCUAUACAUACAGUGUAAGACCUCUAGGACUGGUAGAGGAUAAUACCUAUACAUACAGUGUAAGACCUCAAGGACUGGAAGGGGAUAAUACCUAUACAUACAGUGUAAGACCUCUAGGACUGGUAGAGGAUAAUACCUAUACAUACAGUGUAAGACCUCUAGGACUGGAAGGGGAUAAUACCUAUACAUACAGUGUAAGACCUCUAGGACUGGAAGGGGAUAAUACCUAUACAUACAGUGUAAGACCUCUAGGACUGUAAGGGGAUAAUACCUAUACAUACAGUGUAAGACCUCUAGGACUGGUAGAGGAUAAUACCUCUACAUACAGUGUAAGACCUCUAGGACUGGUAGAGGAUAAUACCUAUACAUAUAGCCAAUUACUCCUGUAACUGGGAAGGAUUGCAUUAUAUAUAUAUAUUGCAUACAGUUAUUAGAGUCAUUAUCCAGCUCUUUAUGUUUAGUUUUUGUGCAGCAGAAGUUUAAAUGCACAUCCUAUACAUAUGCUCUUACUAAGUAUAUAUAUAUUAUAUAUCUAUUAACCAGUCCACCAAUCCUAUAACCAGUCCUAUAUAUCUAUUAACCAGUCCUAUAUAUCUAAUAACCAGUCCUGUAUAUCUAUUAACCAGUCCUAUAUAUCUAAUAACCAGUGCUAUAUAUCGAUUAACAAGUCUUGUAGAUGAAUUAUGAAUUGGUCAGUCCUAUGCAUCUAUUGAUCAGUCCUAUAUAUGUUUUGGCCAGUCCUAUGUAAGUAUUGGCCAGUCCUAUAUAUGUUUUGGCCAGUCCUAUAUAAGUAUUGGCCAGUCCUAGAUAUGUUUUGGCCAGUCCUAUAUAAGUAUUGACCAGUCCUAGAUAUGUUUUGGCCAGUCCUAGAUAUGUUUUGGCCAGUCCUAUAUAAGUAUUGACCAGUCCUAGAUAUGUUUUGGCCAGUCCUAUAUAAGUAUUGACCAGUCCUAGAUAUGUUUUGGCCAGUCCUAUAUAAGUAUUGGCCAGUCCUAGAUAUGUUUUGACCAGUCCAGGUGAGGAGGUCUCUGUAUAUCCAAGUGUUGUAGAUACCCAGAGGUGUCUGUACCUCUGUUCCCACUCCCUAUCUAUAAUUACUGUUUGUUUCUGCUUAGGACAGCAGUUUUACUGUAUGCACAUGUUGGUAUAUACCGUAUAUAUAGUUAUGGUGGUGCAGUGUGGACUUGUUUUUAGAUAACUCCAUUGUGUGGUGAUUUAUUUGGUGACCCUCAGUUAUAUACCUGAAUGUGUUGGGUGACCCUCACUCUGUGAAUGUUUGUAUUGGUGACCCCCACUCUGUAUAUAUUUGUAUUGGUGACCCCCACUCAGUGAAUAUAUGUAUUGGUGUCCCCACUUUGUGAAUAUUUGUAUUGGUGACUCUCACUCUGUGGAUCUGUAUAUUGGUGACCCCACUCUGUGGAUAUUUGUAUUGGUGACCCUCACUCUGUGGAUCUGUAUAUUGGUGACCCCACUCAGUGAAUAUAUGUAUUGGUGUCCCCCACUCUGUAUAUAUUUGUAUUGGUGUCUCCCACUCUGUGAAUAUUUGCAUUGGUGUCCCCCACUCAGUGAAUAUAUGUAUUGGUGUCCCCCACUCUGUGAAUAUUUGUAUUGGUGACCCCCACUCAGUGAAUAUAUGUAUUGGUGUCCCCCACUCUGUAUAUAUUUGUAUUGGUGUCUCCCACUCUGUGAAUAUUUGCAUUGGUGACCCCCACUCAGUGAAUAUAUGUAUUGGUGUUCCCCACUCUGUAUAUAUUUGUAUUGGUGACUCCCACUCUGUGAAUAUGUGUAUUGGUGACCCCCACUCUGUGGAUAUUUGUAUUGGUGACCCUCACUCUGUGGAUAUUUGUAUUGGUGACUCUCACUCUGUGGAUAUUUGUAUUGGUGACCCUCACUCUGUGGAUAUUUGUAUUGGUGACCCUCACACUGUGGAUACGUAUAUUGGUGACCCCCACUCUGUGAAUAUUUGUAUUGGUGACCCUCACUCUGUGGAUACGUAUAUUGGUGACCCCACUCUGUGAAUAUUUGUAUUGGUGACCCUCACUCUGUGAAUAUUUGUAUUGGUGACCCUCACUCUGUGAAUAUUUGUAUUGGUGACCCUCACUCUGUGGAUACGUAUAUUGGUGACCCCACUCUGUGGAUAUUUGUAUUGGUGACCCCACUCUGUGAAUAUUUGUAUUGGUGACUCUCACUCUGUGGAUCCGUAUAUUGGUGACCCUCACUCUGUGGAUAUUUGUAUUGGUGACUCUCACUCUGUGGAUACGUAUAUUGGUGACCCUCACUCUGUGAAUAUUUGUAUUGGUGACCCUCACUCUGUGGAUACGUAUAUUGGUGACCCCCACUCUGUGGAUAUUUGCAUUGGUGGAUCCCACUCUAGAGAUAUUUGCGUGACCCCCACUUUGUGAAUAUGUGUAUUGUGUGACUGCCACUCGAUGGAUAGAUAUAUAUUGCCAAAAUAGCAGUAUGCAAUGAUACUUUUUUUAUUGGACUAACAUAAUAUUUCAAAGACAAGCUUUCGAGAGUUUCCUCUCUUCCUCAGGUCUGAAGCAAUACCGAUCAAUCUGAUAGAGUUACUUACUUGUUUUCCUGGCACUAUAGUACCGCCGGGCUCUAGGGGGAGGAAGGGGUUAAACUUACCUCUUUCUCCAGCGCCGGGCGGGGAGCUCUUCCUCCUCCUCGGCUGAAUGUGCAUGCGCGGCAAGAGCUGCGCGCGCAUUCAGCCAGUCUCAUAGGAAAGCAUUUAUAAUGCUUUCCUAUGGACGCUGGCGUCUUCUCACUGUGAAAAUCACAGUGAGAAGCACGCAAGCGCCUCUAGCAGCUGUCAAUGAGACAGCCACUAGAGGCUGGAUUAACCCUAAUGUAAACAUAGAAGUUUCUCUAGCUGGACCUGGCACCCAGACCACUUCAUUAAGCUGAAGUGGUCUGGGUGCCUAUAGUGAUCCUUUAACACUUAAAACAACUGAUGUUAAAGAAGGGUGAGUGGGGUUUCGUAAAUAGCAGAAGAUGUGCCUGAAAGUGAAAAGUGCAGGUUGGCUGAGAAUAGCCAGAGAAAGUAAAUAAACAGAGGAGAGUCAAUAAGCUAAUUAAAAAGGAAAAAAGAAAACAGAGCAGGGCAUGCAAGUAUAUUAUAGCCGUUUUAUUUUUUUAAACUAGUUUAUUGACUCUCCUCUGUUUAUUUAUUUUAUUUUUUUCUGGCUAUUCUCAGCCAACUUGCACCUUUCACUUUCAGGCACAUCUUCUGCUAUUUACGUUUCCUCCCCGCCGCCCUUCCUCCCCUUCUCUAACAUCAGUUGUUUAAGUGUUAAACUCUAUCAGAUUGAUCUGUAUUGCUCCAAAGCUUGUAUUUGAAAUAUUAUGUCAGUCCAAUAAAAAAAGGUAUCAUUGCAUACUGGUAUUUUUGCAUAUAUAUGUAUAGGAUGACUUCCAAUAUGGUGGUUAUAUAUAUUGGGAGGACCUCCACUCUGUAGAUAUAUUUAUAUCUAUAUAUUGAUAUAUAUGUAAAGGUUUAUCCCCACCAAAUUCCUGGGUCACAUAAUAUGAAUCUGUCACACUCUCCUCAGCUUUUUUGAUAUCCCCUCAUUGGCUCGUCCUUCAGAUAACAACAUUAUAGCCCCUUCUCUAUCCCCUCCAACCCAAGAAAAAUUAUCUCCGGGGAGCUUCCUCAAACAUGUCAUUGAGAGGGAAAGGCAGAGAGUAUGUCAUUUUAACCAAUCCUGCCCACCUACUCCAUCAAAUAGAUGUGUACCCAACACAUCUUAAAUGGACAAAGGGUCUUGGUUUUAGGGCACCAUGUAUAAUAAACUGUUUUCCAUUCACAUGGAGGAAUGACUAGGGUUACAUUCCUUCAAAAUUCUACAUCAAAGAUAAAAUGACACCUGAAGCCUCUAAUUCCUCCACGGGUUAGGAAGUGAAGAUACAGACACAUUUAAAGGAUUACUGGUUCGUUCUCCUCAUUAAACAGCGCCCAUUAAUGGGAUAUAAUUGGUUUGAUUUGCCGUAUUUUAAAUCGAACAGGAUUUGAAUUCCUAACUUAAACACAUAACUAAAUGGCAGAUCACAAAACAAGUUCAGAACACACAGAGCUAGUUGUAAGUUACAGUUAUAUAUGUGGAAAUAAUGACAUGUUCCACCAGAACGUAACAAAACACAAAAUGCUCCUUGUCUGCUGGGGGAGACGGACUCGUCCUACUCUUAGCACUUCCUUUCGGGGAAGAAAUAACAGAAGUGAGCAUGCCACCAAACAAUGGUUUCCCAGCCUUUGGAGUAACAGAAAUUAAUAUUUCUAAUUCUGAGGAAAACAUUUAUUUUAUUAUGGUUGAUUGCCCCUUUCCCAUCUUUCCUGUGACCUCGGUAUGAAGCUAGGAAACAUGGGUAACUUGACUGCUAACCUCAGGCUAGCCUUAUUUGUCAGUAAUUAUACAGCAGUGGAAUAAAACCACAAUUCUCGUUGUGUUGCUAGGAAGAGAAGCCCACAAUGUAAAAUAAUCCUGAUAACUUGAAAGUAGGAAAACACAAACCAUAAAGACAGACGUUGACAAAAUCCCAUUAUUAUUUCAAAAAGAACAUCAUGGUAGAUCCACUUUCAAACUACUCAUCAAAGUAUUUCAGCUUCCCUGCUAAUCCUGGCCCUACAAUGUUGGCCCUCUUUUCACUACUAGACAGACACCAGUAUUGGCGUAUAAGGGGGAAUCUGAGAGAUGGCCCUGCCUUGUGACUCUAUGAGUCAGUAAAACUCCUCUGUAUAUUUAAUGACCAUGUUCCCAGAAUACUGCUGUAUGCGGUACCAGCGCUGGGCCUGUCUGAAAGAUCCCAACCUGCUCCCAUUUAGGAGUGUUGGUUUUAUUUUUUUAUUUCGGUUUUAGCCUCGUGAAUAUGUAAAUAGAUUUCUGUGUCACGUUCAUCCUGCAUUUACGGUCUGGAUCAAAUCACAUUGUCUGCAUCAGUGUAAGGGACCCAGCUGUAACCUCAGAGAGCUUCAGGGACCUAUCGGCUACAAACUUCCAAAUAAUGUGAGCUGCAGGAAAAGUAACAUUUACGUUUUAAUUCUUGACUUUUUUAAACUAAUUCAACUGUAUUUCAUACAUUUUAACAAAUUAAACCAAACAUAUAUUACCAAGCUCUCUAGCUGAAAAUAUAUUUCCCAUCAUGCACCUUGACUGGCUGCACAGUGCCAGAUGUAGGUUACAGGUGGUGGAGUGCACAGUGCCAGAUGUAGGUUACAGGUGGUGGAGUGCACAGUGCCAGAUGUAGGUUACAGGUGGUGCAGUGCACAGUGCCAGAUGUAGGUUACAGGUAGUGGAGUGCACAGUGCCAGAUGUAGGUUACAGGUGGUGCAGUGCACAGUGCCAGAUGUAGGUUACAGGUGGUGGAGUGCACAGUGCCAGAUGUAGGUUACAGGUGGUGGAGUGCACAGUGCCAGAUGUAGGUUACAGGUGGUGCAGUGCACAGUGCCAGAUUUGGUUACAGGUGGUGCAGUGCACAGUGCCAGAUGUAGGUUACAGGUGGUGGAGUGCACAGUGCCAGAUGUAGGUUACAGGUGGUGGAGUCAGAUGAGAGGUGUUCAUACCUUCUACUAGAAUUAUACGUUUCACAGCAACUAGGGUAAUUAAUAUCAAUUAGUGAGAAGUGCAGUAAAAUCAAUAUAUCACACACAGCUUGGGUGAGUAAAGUGUUCAGAUUUAUGGCUUUCAUUCCGAUAUACUCCCUGUGACCUUAAUGGCCCACUCAGUACAAACAGAGGCCAAUAUAAGUUACACAGACUGGGGGGCACAUUGGAGAAGAGAUAUAAUAUUAAAGCAUGGACUGAGAAAAUAUCCAACUGAAGGUGCUCUCCAAGAAUCAGAACCAGCACUUCCACUACCAACACGUGCACAUUACCAAUGUUAGUUCUGUGCAUAUUGGAUAGAACUGACAGGCUGGGCGAGUGAGCUCACGUUCAUGAGUGACUGCAUGUCUACACCUGUGAUAUCAGGUGCAUGAAGUAAGAAAGACAUCUCUAUAAUCUUCAUAGGCCCCAGUGACAGAGCAAAUCGAAGCAACUCAAGAUCACAAACCUUAAAAAUUGUGUUUUAAUUCUGUUUUAAAUGAGGGAUUUUACUUGAAGAACGUUUCAGCAGAUUUUUCAUUUACCUCUUGAUGUCAAGGGGUGAGACAAAUCCCAUUAUCAUCGGUCUCAGCAAUGAUACUAGAGUAAAUCAUAGCAAUGAAUUGUUACAGAAUGUUGAAAAUUGUCUCUAGAUAUUUAUUUUUUUCUCAUGCCUAAUAAAAUAGCUUUUUAUUUAAUGUAAUACUUUUUCCAAUUCUGGAAUUUUUUAAGCCUACUUGGAUAUAAAGUGAAUAUAGACUCACCAGUUUCGGGACAUAGGACCAACAGAGAGGUCAGAGGUGGCCUCUGCAAACCGUGGGAUACUUCUUUUAUUUUAUAAUAACAUUUGAUUGGGUUGCUUGGACAUAGGACAAUGUCAGUAGUAUCAAACUGGUGAAAAACUUACAAAUAGCAUAAGGAAAGCAUUCAUUUUUGUUGAGGGCAGGUCAAACAUCCAUCUUAAUUAACUAUUUUGAGUAACACACAACCACUAUGUUUCAGUGUAGUAGUUAUGGUGCCGUGGCACUAGCCCCGACUUAAUAUCAAAUCGUUGAGGGUCGGUUUGAUAAAAACCAAAGCUCUUCCUAGAGAUCCCUCCCACCUCAAAUGCUUAAUUUACUUUUACGUAUUAUCAGCAUAAAUUUAGUCCAAUCAGGAUGCGUUUGAUAGGCUGAAAGUAUUCGAGUGGGUUUUCCCAGCUCUGUCAGCCAAUCAAUGUCAUGCACUCAGAACAAAAUUUACUUCGAUAACACAUAACUGGUAAUUUCGCACUAUCAAUGUGGCUAAGCGGGGUGCUUUCUCUGCAAACCAUUUCUACACAGUUUGACAUCCGACAAGAUGGUUACACUAGGGCACUGUAAGCAACGUAAUCACUAUGGAGAGCACUUACGGUGCUAAAUUGUGCAUGUUUGGCUCACUCUACAAUCAUAACUGCACAUAUAUAAUCAAUGGUAAAAACAGUAGAUAUGCUGUGUUAACAUUUUUAUUGAUAGGUGAGCAGCUUUGAAAACAUUUCGUAAUUUUAAUAUCCAUUUAGCGGCUGAGAAGAGAGAGAACCUUGAACUCUAAGGCAUUGUACCUGAGAAAUUAGAAGUUAGACAACAAAGGAAGAUACAGUCUAGCUCUCUGCUUGUUUUAUGGUGGAGAAGGGGAGGGGAUGAUAGAGAGCUUUUAGUUAAUAAUUAAUCUCCAGCAACCAAACACAACCAAAACAGUACACCGCUAUGCCAUAAAGCUGGCAUGGACACUUUUGGCAAUACUGAUUUAUUUGGACUCCCAUUUAAUAUAAUGCUCAGCCAGCCAACACGCAGAGCCAAGCCAUGGCCAUUAUUGCUGCAAAGCAAUGUUCACAGUUCAGUUCAGAUUUAGGGAGAAAAAAAUGUUUUUCAAUCAACUUUUAAUCUAGUUCCUGCUCUGCCUGUGUAAUAAUGCUCAUUAAGUGCCUUUCAGCUGCUCAUUUUAUCUGUAAAAUCAUUAUCUGGCCAUAAACCUGUCUUCUUAUGGAUUACUCUAUAAUUGAUUUUGCAAUAAAAACAGUCCUGAGGCCUACCUGUUGUGUUACAUUAAAAUGAUUAAUUUAAUAAAAUGGGAGAAAAAAAAUAAAAUUAUAUAUAUAUUAACAAAUGCUUAAAUGUGUAAUUCCCUGGUCAACUUUCAAUAAUCCAGUUUAGAGCACGUUUGAAAAGCACUCAAUUGUAAUAAAAAAAAAAACAGUGUCCAUAUGUCAGGGAGGGGAAUGAUAUAAAAUAAGACAAAUAUACACUACACCUUCUGAAAUAGGAAACCCCCACAGGGUGUGAGCAUUAAUUGCCGUUAUCAUCUCAACGAAAGAGAACCCAUGGUCCCAUGUUGCCAAAUUAAGACACGGAAAGUGGAACUGUGCAUUGGAUCUUCAGUGAUAGAGAGGCUGAAUUUGUCGUGUCUGGGGCCUACGAGGAAGAGGUCUGAUAAACAUAAUAUAAAUCUCCGACUGCUGCAGCCCAGGACAGCUGGAGGAAACCAUUUUCCCGUGCUCUCUGCAUUUUUCGAGCAGGAGGAGCAUAGGAAACACAAAAGAACUGAGCACGGGAAAUGUCCUGUGCUGUUUAACCCCUUAAGGCCUUAACUUCUGGAAUAAAAGGAAAUCAUGACAAGUCACACUUCAGCGAAACUGCUAUAUUUACCUAUGGGUAAUCCAGCCUCUAGUGGCUGUCUCGUUGACAGCCGCUAGAGGCGCUUCUCACUGUGAUUUUCACAGUGAGAAAAACGCCAGCGUCCAAAGGAAAGCAUUGAGAAUGCUUUCCUAUGGACUGACUGAAUGUGUGCGCGGCUCUUGCCGUGCAUGCGCAUUCAGCCGAUGACGGCGAAAAAGAGGAGGAGAGUUCCCCGCGCCGAGGGAGCCUGGUGGGGGUAAAAGGUAAUGGAUUAACCCCUUCCACCCCCUAGAGCCUGGCAGGAGGGGUGGACCCAGAGGGUGGGGCGGGGACCUAGAGACCCUGUAGUGCCAGGAAAACAAGUAUGUUUUCCUGGCACUAUAGCGGUCCUUUAACUGAAGCCCCCUGCUCAGAAUAAUGUAAAAUUGACUUACCAAUUAGUAACUGUAUCGUUACAGUUCUAACUUAUUCAUUCACAAAACAACAUUAACCCAUUCGCUACCAAGCACGUUGUGAUUAAAAAAAUACGAGGAAGAGGUCUGAUAAACAUAAUAUAAAUCUCCGACUGCUGCAGCCCAGGACAGCUGGAGGAAACCAUUUUCCCGUGCUCUCUGCAUUUUUCGAGCAGGAGGAGCAUAGGAAACACAAAAGAACUGAGCACGGGAAAUGUCCUGUGCUGUUUAACCCCUUAAGGCCUUAACUUCUGGAAUAAAAGGAAAUCAUGACAAGUCACACUUCAGCGAAACUGCUAUAUUUACCUAUGGGUAAUCCAGCCUCUAGUGGCUGUCUCGUUGACAGCCGCUAGAGGCGCUUCUCACUGUGAUUUUCACAGUGAGAAAAACGCCAGCGUCCAAAGGAAAGCAUUGAGAAUGCUUUCCUAUGGACUGACUGAAUGUGUGCGCGGCUCUUGCCGUGCAUGCGCAUUCAGCCGAUGACGGCGAAAAAGAGGAGGAGAGUUCCCCGCGCCGAGGGAGCCUGGUGGGGGGAAAAGGUAAUGGAUUAACCCCUUCCACCCCCUAGAGCCUGGCAGGAGGGGUGGACCCAGAGGGUGGGGCGGGGACCUAGAGACCCUGUAGUGCCAGGAAAACAAGUAUGUUUUCCUGGCACUAUAGCGGUCCUUUAACUGAAGCCCCCUGCUCAGAAUAAUGUAAAAUUAACUUACCAAUUAGUAACUGUAUCGUUACAGUUCUAACUUAUUCAUUCACAAAACAACAUUAACCCAUUCGCUACCAAGCACGUUGUGAUUAAAAAAAUAUUAGCAUAAUGUGUAUUUGAAGCGAGGGAUGUGUAGAAUAUUGCAUAUUCUACAGGAUGCAUAGCUAGCAUAUAAACACAUUAACAGCAUAUUAUUAUUAUUAUAUACAUAACAUAUCCAUUUAGUGUAUAGAUUGCUUCGCAGGCAAACUUUAAAUUAUGUAAAAUUUAAAGGAACACUAUAGGGUCAGGAACCUUAACAUGUAUUCCUGACCCUGUAGUGUUAAAAACACUAUCUAUCCCCCCUGUGCUCUCCCUGCCCCCCUAAAUAUAAUAAAAUCUUACUUUUAUUCCAGGCUUUAUUCUGCUGGCUCUGCCUCUGAUCUGCCUCCUUGGCUGACAUUAUCAGAAGUGAUAAUCUCAACCAAACACAAUUCUUACCGGUAGCGUAGGAAAGAAUUGGAUUGGCUGAAUUUGCCAAUUCUGAUGAUCUCAGCCAAGGAGGUGGGCUGGGGGCGGAGCCAAAUGCCACCCUGUCCAAGCAGCAUCUCCUCAUGGAGAUGCAUUGAAUCAAUGGAUCUCUAUGGGGGAAGUUCAGUGUCUCUAUGCAGAGGGUAGAGACACUGAAUGUUGCAGCACUGCCCCAGGAAGCAACUCAAGUAGCCAUCUAAAGAGUGACCACUGAAAGGAGUCCCUAGGCUGUAAUGUAAACACUGCAUUUUAUCUGAAAAGACAAUGUUUACUGUAAAAUGCCUGAAGGGAAUGAUUCUACUCACCAGAACAAAUACUGUUCUGAAGCUACAGAAACUGUACUUGUGUAAGGGGCAAAAUAGCCGUAUAUGGAGUAAGGAUCCAGCAUAAGCUUAGGAUAGUGUAAAGGGAGCAAGUCGGUUGUCGUGUGCCGAUACCGACGAUACGGUAGGCCUGUAAAUAAAGAGGGCCCACCAAGGAGUAAGAAAGUAAAGUAAAUGGAAAGAAAAGAGAAAGUGUUGAAAUGAGGAGUGGGUGGGAGGGUCAUUCUGAUGCUGACCUCAAGCGAUAUGAGUCAGGUAAGGGGUGUCCCUUAUAUAGGGGAGUGAAUUAAUUUAAGCCCCUCCCACAAAUACAGGCAAAACUGCCUUAAUACUUGUGUAAGGGGCAAAAUAGCCGUAUAUGGAGUAAGGAUCCAGCAUAAGCUUAGGAUAGUGUAAAGGGAGCAAGUCGGUUGUGGUGUGCCGAUACCGACGAUACGGUAGGCCUGUAAAUAAAGAGGGCAAAAAUGAAUAAUCAAAGAUUUAAUACAGUCAACAAAUAUAUACAAAUUAACCAGACAUUUCCUUAAAUGCAUUACAGUAUUUAAUUCCUGAAAGGAUUUUGAAGGUAGGAAUCUAGGACCGAAAGUGGGCACCAUUUGUUGUGGGUAGGAUAGUAUGUUAUCUCUACUGUUGGUGCAUGUUGACUCAUUUCGGAAUGUGGUAGAGCCAAUAGGUAAUGAUAUAUGUGUUUACGUACGUGGGAUCGUUGAAGACAAUGAUCUGUCUGAGUGGUGGUGAUGGUAGUGGAUUCUCUGGCCUGAGAAAGGCAUAAAAGGCAAUGUGCAUGGCUGGUAAUGGCCGACUUGGUAGUAUAAUUGAAUGGUUGUAGAUCUAAUAGGUCUGAUAAGGAUGAACAGUUGGAUGGCUAUUGGUAAUCUCUGAGAGGAACGUGGGGGAAUGGAUUCCUCUGAGUAUAUUCUUUUCUGGUAUGAUAGCAUGAAGUUUAUGGUAGUUUUGGCCAUAGGUUAUCAUGUAUUGUUGAAUGCCUGUAAAAUAUAUAAUUAAUGGUGUAUGAGAUAGUUUAAGGUGGCAAAAAUAAGAAAAACUUAGGAGAAAUUUUGUGACACAGGUUGAGCUAUGUCGUGUUCCAAUGAGAUUCUUUAAGCCAGGUGAAAAGCUGUGUUAUGCGUUCUACAAGUAUGGGACGAAAGUGCUAGGUGGGAUAGUGCAUGCUAUGCUGCAUGAGUAUGUCUAAUCCAUGAUUUUGUCUCUGGAACGAAAGAGUGGACGUGACUGUAUGGGCGGCUGUAGGAAGCGUAUGAUGAACAUGCCUGGAAUAUAAAUGAGACAGUUGUCGGCAGGGAUGUAUACCCCCGUCUGGUACAUGAAAGUGAAAUGUGAUAAGUGGCCAACCAAGUGAGUUCCCCAGAAACAUCAUGAACUUAUGGAUGAGUAGUGGCGUUUGUUGAUGAUAUGAUAUGUGCUUAGUUGUCUGAGUAACAACGGAUUGAUGACCCUGACCAUGAUUUACCCAAUGCCACAGCAGCUGCUACAAUGGGGUAGAUCUCCCAAAGGGGCUGAAGUGGUGGAAAAAUUUCCAAACCUGGAUGCCCCAAAGCAAUUGUUCCCAGUAGAUCGCUGCCAAACCCGUGGUAUAUGCUGCGUCUAACCAUCUGGUUGGAGAAGUGUCAGACAAUCCUGGAAGGAACAUGCUUUUACCAUGCCAAGUGGUUAAGAAAUCCCCCCCCAUGUGCCGGUCUGCUGUUGCUGAGGUGUCUAGGCACCUCCUCUGAUCGUCAUGUUGGAAGUGUGGAAAAAAGGGGAAAGUACUCUGGAUGUGAAAGCGUGGUCUUGUGGUAUGAUUGGCAUGGCAAAAUUAAGGAACCUGGUAGGGAUUGUAGUUCCUUGUAGUUGUAAGUACUAAGCAGGAGGUAGUGAUUGAUUUAGUUGAGAAUGUUCCCUAUUUGUCUUGUGGUAACUUGCGUGUAUGGAUGCCGACUCAAGUCAUAUGCCCAGUAAUGUGAUGAUAGUGUCUGCGCCUUCUGUUUCUUAUGGGGUACUGGGACGCCCAAGUGGUCAACCAGACUAAGCUGCCAUGAGGCUUCUAGUGAAAAAUAUGCUUUCUUUGAGCAACAAGAAGUCUUCUAGAUAGUGUAUGACUGUAAUGCCUCUGGAUAUGUUAUCAUAACCAGCACAGAGUAUCUGCGAAUAUCGAUAGUAGGUUAAUCUGUAGCUCGAAAGUUGAGCAGGGAAAGGAUUGCCCAAUUUAUGCCAUGUAAGUGCCAGUGUGUAGGGUAGAUGGUAGCUGUUUACUGCGUUGAUGAUAUUGGUCUUACUUAACCAAGCUUUAACCCAUGCUUGAGUGAUAGCUGUAAAGGUAGAUCAAUGGUGUUGUAUAGUAAGAAGGGAGUUGAGACUUGGGGUAGCGGAGGUGUGUGGUGCCAAUAAGUCUAUGGUUAGUCUUUGUUUAAGGGAAGAUUCCUUGUGACAAUACCAAUGUGUGUGUUUGGUGCCAUGCUGUAAAUGGUGGAGAUUGGAAGACCACUCUGCAAAUCUUGGCUAUGGGUGUGUUUUCAGCCAAUGGUUUUGUUGUGCUGACUGUAAGUGAGGGCAUGCUAUAUUCCUUGAAGGUGUGUUUAUGAUACCUGUAUGGGAGCCCUUUGAAGCUCCAGAGCUUUAGUAAAUCUACUACAAGUUUGGAAGGGUGAUGAGUCAGUAGUGUUGAAAAUGCAUUGGUGUGUACAGAUGGUGAGCAUGUUAUUUGUAAGUUGUAUUGGGCCACAUGGUUUGUCAUGUGCCCUGAACCAUUUGAACAUAUAUGCAACAGUCUAUAUGCAAUGCAACUACUCAUAUCAAUCGUCUCUGGUAGUUCAGAGGUGCUGGUACCUGGAGCCUGAGAGUGCUCGUCCAUUUGUUUGGGACAGAACCCCUUCUGUAUGGGUACCUGCACAAAUAAACAUCUCUACAUAUUCCAAAUACCAACCCAUCCAAGAGAUGGUCAGUUCCCGAUUUACCUGGAAUCCCUGAAUCUGACCAUCACAGAUACAUCAUCAUACAUCAUCAUACAUAUAUAUGCCUUGCUUCCCCAAUGUGUUGGGAUCAUACGUGCAGGGUUAACAUCUUGUGUGUCAUAAGAAUUGAUUGUACCAGGUAACCGAGUUUCGGUUGGUGCUGGUUGUACAGUAACUUGAGGCCCAGCCUUGUGAGGGCUGUGGUGACCAACUCGAGAUUGCCAGUCUGUCAUAAAAAUGUUUGGCUCAUGAGUUUAUGAGUGAGGCUAGCAUAGCCUGGGUGUCACCUGAGUUGAUGUAGCUGGGCCUUCCCCUGCCUCCGUGUUGUCCGUUGAUGUAUGGAGGAGUUUGAAUAACUCUGCUUUCCUUGCUGUAGCAGGGUAGGGGAUUUGUCACCUCCUUAGGUUGGUGGUAAUGUGUGGGAUCGUCCAGGAUCUGAUUGCUGCAGGACUAGCAACAUCUCCUCUGCUUGAAGGUGUAUCAAUUCUAGCCGGGGUGCUAGGAAGAGGUGAUUGUUCACCAUCUUUUGGAAAAAUACUUAAAUAACAAUAAAGAUGCAAUUAUUUGUACCCAGGGUUCUUGUACUGGCUUGCUAGCUAAGCCGUAAGGCGAAACGAUUAGGCUUGGUGUUUUUUGGUGACUGGUGAGGCCCUGCUAGUUGCCAAGUGGCUUGAGAGGCUCUAUCUAUGCUUGGCGCGAGGGGAUUUUGUGUGGCCACCGAACAUUGUGGCAGGAUGUUGGCCUCUCGGUGACAGUAACCAGAAAAUAGGAAGGGGAGUGACAGGUGAGGCCCUCUCUAUGAUACAAUGCGAGGCGGCUAGCUCACGAGUGGCCCGAGGGGUGUAUGCCUCCGAGUGUGAGGCGGGGUGUUGGCCUCGCGGGACCACUAACCGAAGCAUAAUGCAGAGAAAAAAGGGGGUAAUACCUAUUGGGCCCUAGAACCCUAAUUGCCAGUACACUAUUACUAUUCCAGGGAAGGUAAGAGAUGGAUAACUACGUGAGCAGGUGUAUGUACCUGGUAGUAUGGUAUUGAACCUGACAAUCCGUAUAGGUUUUUUAGUAGUAACUGUAACCUGAAUGGAUAAAACCGUAUGGCAUAAGGAAAUAUGGCAUAGACCAAGCUUAUCUUAAUACGUACAGUAUAUGUGAAAAGUGCCAUGAUGUGUAAAUAUUAAACAUCCUAGCCAUACUGGUUAAAUAUGUAUCAAUCUUAACCCAUUAAGUGCCGUAUGUACAAGUGAAAAUGUGGUCUGUCCCCACCUUGUAUGUUGUAUGUCCCCUUGCUAGGGGAAAGUCUGUUGCGUGAGCAGCGUGCUGUGAAAAAUGUAUGUGAACUAUAUUACCAGUUACGUAUAUACAGACGCGUCUGCUACUGUGUAAUAAUAUAUGUAUUUAUACCUGAUGUUGAUAUAGUGCUUGCUAUGUGAAUUGUUGUAUGUCUUAUUGAAUGGUAGGGGUCAGUGAACAUGGUGUUGCAAAAUGCAAGUGCACUGGAGAUCUGCCGAGUGCCCUAUAGGUGGCAGUGUAGUUGGAUACUGAUUGGUAUGUGAAAUGUUGUUUGUCUGUUGACCUAUAGGUGUAAGUGUUUUGGUGUUUGUAAAACCCCAUGAAAAUUGUCAAUGUACUUGACAGACCUGUAGGUGGCAGUGUUGAUAGAACCACUGUUGGUCUUGAUGUGAAAUGUAAAUUAUUGUGAAUUAAACCUGAAUUUGAGCCCGUGCUGGAGUUUCAUUUAUGGUUUAUGGUUAUGUUUAACCCCGUAAGGACCAAACUUCUGGAAUAAAUGGGAAUCAUGACACGUCACACAUGUCUUGUGUCCUUAAGGGGUUAAAACAAUCUUAUGUGUAAUUUAUAUUGGCUGGUAAAUUGUAUAUGACAUGUGAAGACAGUUUUGCUUUUGACCAGUAGGGGUCAUAAAUGCUGAUUGUAUGGUAAAAAUACCCUUUAACCCCUUAAGGACCAAACUUCUGGAAUAAAAGGGAAUCAUGACAUGACACACAUGUCAUGUGUCCCUAAGGGGUUAAUCCUACCGUAUGACAGAUAGGAGUCAGUAUAAAAGCGAAAAUGCUGUAGUUAGUUUGUUUGCUUAUGAAGUGAAAUAAAGUCUGAGAAGACUGUAGUAUACCGAUUGACCGGUAGGGGUCAGCAUGUAGGCGAAAAUGCCGUGGUUCGUUGGUUUGUACAUGAAAUGCAAUAAUGUCUGAGAAGCCUGUAGUACACUGAAUGACCGGUAGGUGUAAGUGUGUAGGUAAAAAUGCAGUGGUUUAUUGUUUUGUACACGAAAAGCAAUAAUGUCUAAGAAGCCUGUAGUACACCGAAUGACUGAUAGGGGUCAGUAUGUAGGUGAAAAAUGCAGUGGUUUGUUGGUUUGUACAUAAAAUGCAAUAAUGUCUGAGAAGCCUGUAGUACACAGAAUGACUGGUAGGUGUCAGUGUGUAGGUGAAAAUGCAGUGGUUUAUUGUUUUGUACAUGAAAAGCAAUAAUGUCUAAGAAGCCUGUAGUACACCGAAUGACUGAUAGGGGUCAGUGUGUAGGUGAAAAAUGAAGUGGUUUGUUGGUUUGUACCUGAAAUGCAAUAAUGUCGGAGAAGCCUGUAGUACACAGAAUGACCGGUAGGGGUCAGUGUGUAGGCGCAAAUGCAGUGGUUCGUUGAUUUGUACAUGAAAUGCGAUAAUGUCUAAGAAGCCUGUAGUCCACCGAAAGACCAGUAGGGGUCAGUGUGUAGGUGUAAAUGCAGUGGUUUAUUGGUUUGUACAUGAAAAUGCAAACAACGCCUAAGAAGCCUGUAGUACACCGAAUGACCAAUAGGGGUCAGUGUGUAGGUGAAAAAUGCGGUGGUUCGUUGGUUUGUACAUGAAAUGCAAUAAUGUCUGAGAAGCCUGUAGUACACCGAAUGACCGGUAGGGGUCAGUGUGUAGGCAAAGAUGCAUUGGUUCGUUGGUUUGUACAUGAAAUGCGAUAAUGUCUAAGAAGUCUAUAGUACACCCAAAGACCAGUAGGGGGUUUAAACGAAUGAUAUGCAUGAACAUGCAAUGGUUUUAGAACAGACUUAGACAAAAUGCAGCAGUAAAGUGAGGACCUGACCCUUGCAUGGUGCCGUGGGACUGAUGCCUGGCGUAAUGGGUAGGUCAACUUACGGUUUGUGAGUCACUUGGACACCAUCCACAGCGAUAGAUUGAAGAAAGAAGGUGGUAGGCCGGAAAAGCCUGUGGCUGGAUUCCUGACACAGCUCAGCUUAGAAAACCUCAUGGAGUAAUCAGGUAAAAUGGCGUCUGGAUGACCCGGAAGUGGAAAUCAUUCUGAUGCUGACCUCAAGCGAUAUGAGUCAGGUAAGGGGUGUCCCUUAUAUAGGGGAGUGAAUUAAUUUAAGCCCCUCCCACAAAUACAGGCAAAACUGCCUUAAUACUUGUGAAUAUAAUGUCUAUUUAAAUUAUGUAAAUUUACACAAUUUUUUGUUUUUCACUUAUUCUUUCAUCCUUCAAAAAAUAUUUGGGAAAUGAACAACUUUAGACAGUAUACGGUGUCUGUUUAUGUGACAAAAAUAAAUAAAUAAUAAUAGAAAUAAGUGAUCAAUUACCUUGUUUAUAUGAAUUUGCAAGGACCCUGCAAGCAUUACUCACAUCAGCAUUGAUACAAACGCCCUGGUGAACUGCAGUACUACAAGAAUAAUCUAUUUGAUUACAUGCAGCUGCGGAAUCCAGUAUAUAGGUAAAACCUUUCAGCAGUUCAGACGUAGAAUUUUACAGCACAUAACGUCUAUUAAGAAUAUAGUUACACCCAUUUCGGUGGCAAGACACAAUCAGUAUUUUCAUGAUGGCAAACCUGAGAAUCUAAGAUUCCAAGCUAUUGAAAAAUUACUUGCCAACCCUAGAAAGGGUGAUUUCAACAAAGUUCUGUUACGUAAGGAAUCUCAAUGGAUAUUUUCCUUUAAGACAUUGGCUCCUUUGGGGCUAAAUGAGGAAUUUAAUGAUACACCGUUUAUACACUAAUAAUUUGCCAUAACUGGACUAAUUUUUUAACCGCUGUAUAACAAUAAUAACCUUUUCUUUCUCUUACUACUUGAGUCAUUAUGAAUCUCUUGUUAUAUAUAAACACUUUGAAUACCAGAUCAUAGUAAUAUUACAUAUCUCUUGUUUCACUUACAUAAGGCAGUCUUCAUCUGUAGUAGGAAAUUAGGACAUGGAAAAUGAAUUUUAGCAUUAUAUAAAACUCUUUUAGAUUUGAUCUUCUUCUCUAUCAGGUUUUGAAAGGUUAUAAAUUCAUGUCAUAUUGUUACAGUGGUUUCAUAAGCAUAGUGAUUCUUUCCACCGAAAUUCCUCUUGUAAUUUUUUGUAAGUAAUUUUUUCUAUUUAUCCAUCAUUUAUUAGUGGUAUCUAUUGGUUUCCUUCUGGACAUAAUUAAGUGUUUUCAUCACAUUGUGUUAUAAACAUUUAUUACUCUCUUACAUUACACUGUUGAUAGAUUUCUAUCCAUAAUACCCCUGUCAUCUGGUAUUUUUAGUUUAAGAGUUAAAUAUAUAUUUUAAUUUAUUAUAUUUUUUUGAUCUGAGAGAUGUAUAUAAUAUCUAUAAUCUAAGAGAUUGACAAUACUCUUUUGAGCACUCUCGGCUACCGUAUGUUUGCACCUCCCCCUCAUUAUCCAGCUGACCAAUGAAUUUCGAGAGCGGGCUAUUUAAACUUUACUAAAUUGGGAAGCCGUUUCCUCCUGAUGAGCCUCUAAUCCAGGCGAAACGCGCGUCGGGUCUGACACCUACCCGAUCUCUUUCUGUUAAAUCUCCGUUCCUGAGGCAUUAUUCUUUUCUCUUUUGUCCCUCUCCCGGUUAUUACACUCUUGGCUGGCACUAUCAAACUGCCGGUCUGGGACUUUUAUAAUUUAGACGGCUGAUAGCCGCCUCAGUUGAAUGAGAAUUUGGUUACCGAUCAGGGUAUCCAUUAACUAUGAGGAAAUUUGCAGGACUGUGGGUUUGAUACUUACCCGUUCUCCUCAGUUAAAAUCUCUGUCCCUGAGGCAUCCUUUCUCUGUCCUUUCACCGGUUAUUACACUUUUUGCCGGCAUCAUUAAAUGAUCUGUCCGGAACCUGUAAUUAAGACGGCUGAUAGCCGCCUCAGUUGAACGGUUACUUAGUUAUCGAUCAGGGUAUCCACUUAAUACGAGUAAACUUGUAGGACCGUUGUUAUUAUCAGAUUGUAUAUACAGUUACUCUAUCUAAUCUACUCUACAUAUCUCUUUACUAUACCAGGUGCCCACGAAGGAACCAUUCUACCUAUUUUUUUCUUCUGUCUCUAGCUCCAUCAAGGUUACUGUAAUUGAUUAUACUCAUGGGGCUUGAUACUGGAAUGCUUAGUUCCUGGCAUUGAAUGACAUUAGAAGAACUCAUAGAUCGUUUAUUUUUUGUGUAUCUUUAUGUACUAUUAAGCCACAUACUAUCAGCCUGAUCGGCUUGUUUGUAUUUUUUGUGAUUUUUUCACGUAUUAUUUAUUAAAAUAUUAUCAGCCUGAUCGGCUUGUCCGCAUUUGGAAUCUCAGUUUAGACAGUAGUUAAGUGAUAUACACUAAAUCUUCAGGCAAUUCUUUGGUGACUCCCAUAGUUCCACUCUGUGGGGGAUCACCCAUGCUAUGAUCGUAGGAUCUUAUCGCUAGCAUUCUUUUUGCCGCAUAGAUUUCAUAUCCAUUAUCAUAUGUUUUGAGUAUAUUAUCACCUGUUUAAGUGAGCUUGCAGUUCAAUUUUUUCUCAAUGAUCAAUUUUAUCUCUUUCAACAAGCCCUGCCAGCCCUUAUUUAUACUCUGAGGACUGACAAUGGGAGGGAUUGAAUUGCAAGUCUCUUAAUUGCUAGUAUACUGUUCUCAUAGUCUCAAUAUAUGGCGGACUAUAGAGGUUAAUAGUUCUAUUUUGAUGUUUUUGAGUAUACUGUUGUAUUUCUUUUAUGCACCGCUGAUAUACCGUUGCCAAAUAUUAUCUGAUUCUCAUGUAACAAAUCUAUAGUUACAUUAUAGAGUCUCAGAUAUCUCUUUUGAUACACUGUUGCAUCGGCCAUCGCUGUGCAAAGAAUUUACCUCUUUAGGUAAUUCUUAUUUGUAAAUGUAGGUUUUCUUGUCUCUUCUUCCUUCCCUUCCCAUUUUGUUUUGUGAAAUAAAGUAAAUCAUUUUAACUGCUUUUUCUCGUAUUUACAUAGUUGUAUUUACAUUUUGUAGGACAGACUUUCCUCUUUCUUUCUCUCUUUAAUAGUUAGAUAACAUAUUUCUGAAAUAAAGGUAUACAAAACUGCUAUAACAAACUUUAUUAACCUCUUGUCACCAGUUCACACACACUCAUCCCUAGCUUCCUGGUGCCUCAUUAUGACAUCAUAUAUGAUUUGGACCCCAUCCCAUUAAUCUCCUUUUAUAGCGUCAGCCCAUGUGUCGCUUUUUGAUGUAUACACACUUUUGACAUCACAAUUACUACCCAGUAUAGGGUAUAUAUACUUCCUGGUUGUCCUUGUUUCCCUGCCCUGUCGUGGUUUUUGUUAUGUCACAGUGUGUUUUUACAGUGUAUUGGAUUUCCUGUUUUCUGACAUCGGCUUGUUUGACUGUUCUUGAUCUCUGUUAUCCUGAUCUUGGCCUGGCUAUGGAUUGCGUGUAAUUUCUGUAAUCCUGACCUCUGCUGGUCUCUUGUUUAUUCUGUCUCAGGCACUAACCUGGCCACUCUAAGGACCGGUACAUGUACCUUUACUGUUUUCCUUAUGUUUGCUUCCCUGACACCUCUGGACUACUAAUGUAGUGCUGACAGUGAAUUGGUAGAGGCCAUUCAUCCCUCCCCCAUCCCUGACUGUAGAAAUUAUAUAACCUAUUGAAACUUCCUGUAUUGUUUGAAAGCAGUGGGUGAGCAGAAAUUUUCAGUAGAUUUACAGGCAUUACAUUAGUGCUUCUAGCAGAGAAAUGAAUUCCUCUACAUGCUGGUUAGCAUUUUUGGAGUAUAAAUAAGGGGGAGUGGGGCUUUAUGUAUUACAUUUCAUACUGCAUGAAAAUAAUACACAAUUUGGGUGUUGAAGGGGUUAAUGAAUUCAAUUAAUAAUGAAGGCGUUUGUGGGAGUUUGACAAUCAACUUUAAGAAACACUUUGCCAAAAAUAGUCAAAUUGGAACAUAUUUUAGUUUCGGUUGUUUUGUGAAUGACCUCCUAGAUUUGGUACAAACAGUGAUCAUGAAACCUAAAACAAAUAUUACAUUUAAUUUUUAUAGCAUGUUAAGACGGUUGACAUGUCUGAUUAAUCUUUACUGAUACUGCACUCUUUUAUUAUAGAAAGUAGCAGGCAUUUUACUAAGAAUAUUACACAUCCUGAAGGUUCUGUAAAAGGAGCUGUUCAAUACGUGGGGCAUCGCCAUGGAAACCAAUGGAAUGUUCUUGCUGAUUGUUCUUCUUUUCAGAACUUUACCCCAGAUUUGUUCUUUAUAAAUGGCCUCACUGUCUAAAUGUAAAUGUGAAAUAUAUAUUUCAUUUAAAAGUUCUAUCGAAAGGCCUUUAUGUAAAUGUCUAGAUAGGGUUAGGGUUGCAGAAGGAAAGACCCAAUAGAUCAAAAAAGUAAAAUCUAAAAAGGAGCAAGGAAGGCGGGGGGUUUACAGAGUCAAAGUGUUCCCCUGAAGACAAACACAGCUCAUCCUAAGGAUGUUUAAAUCAAGAACCUAUGUCCCGCCAUAUUGGCUUCAGCUUUUUAUAAACCUGUUUUGUCUGCACAACACAGCACACUGUCCCCCAGGAUAUAAAACCGCAGUUUAUGGAAAGCAAGCUGUGUACAGAGAGAUAUUAUAUGUAUACAGUUCUGUAUUGACCCAUUGGUUUCAUUCCUUUACGCACUGUCAAUAUCACACUCACUGGACUAUCCCUGACUGUACCGUUAUCAGUGAUUAUACGCCCUCGUGGUAUCCCUGACUGUACCGUUAUCAGUGAUUUUAUACCCUCAGGUAUCCCUGACUGUACCGUUAUCAGUGAUUAUAUGUUCUUGUGGUAUCCCUGACUGUACCGUUAUUAGUGAUUAUAUGCCCUCGUGGUAUCCCUGGCUGUACCAUUAUCAGUGAUUGCCCUCGUAAUAUCCAUGGCUGUACCAUUAUCAGUGAUUACAUGCCCUCGUGGUAUCCCUGGCUGUACCGUUAUCAGUGAUUACAUGCCCUCGUGUUAUCCCUGGCUGUACCGUUAUCAGUGAUUACAUGCCCUCGUGGUAUCCCUGGCUGUACCGUUAUCAGUGUUUACAUGCCCUCGUGUUAUCCCUGGCUGUACCGUUAUCAGUGAUUACAUGCCCUCGUGGUAUCCCUGGCUGUAUCGUUAUCAGUGAUUACAUGAACUCGUGUUAUCCCUGGCUGUAUCGUUAUCAGUGAUUACAUGAACUCGUGUUAUCCCUGGCUGUACCGUUAUCAGUGAUUACAUGCCCUCGUGUUAUCCCUGGCUGUACUGUUAUUAGUGAUUACAUGCCCUCGUGUUAUCCCUGGCUGUACCGUUAUCAGUGAUAACAUGCCCUCGUGGUAUCCCUGGCUGUAUCGUUAUCAGUGAUUACAUGAACUCGUGUUAUCCCUGGCUGUACCGUUAUCAGUGAUUACAUGCCCUCGUGGUAUCCCUGGCUGUAUCGUUAUCAGUGAUUACAUGAACUCGUGUUAUCCCUGGCUGUACCGUUAUCAGUGAUUACAUGCCCUCGUGUUAUCCCUGGCUGUACCGUUAUUAGUGAUUACAUACCCUCGUGUUAUCCCUGGCUGUACCGUUAUCAGUGAUUACAUGCCCUCGUGUUAUCCCUGGCUGUACCGUUAUCAGUGAUUACAUGCCCUCGUGGUAUCCCUGGGAUUGUUAUUAUUGUAUUCUUGGCUGGUCCAUUAUCUGUGAAUGUCUGCCCUCUUUAUAUUUUUGGCUGUAGCUUACACAGAUGCCAGGACUCUAAAAAUACAUUUAUUGCUGUAAGACUAGCCUGUUCACAUUUCACUGAUUGCUCUAAAGUCACAGCGAUGCCAUAAAUUAUUGUAUUUUAUAUAGUUACAUUUAUCAGAGGUUGCCCACAUUUUUUAUAUUUGUAUUUCUUAUUGUGCCAGGGGGGAUGUAGGGGAUCCAUAGCACUGUGGAAAGUAGUUGGCUACGUUCAUUACAUUAAACGAUAUGAAAGGUUAUUCACUACAGUGAAUUGUGAGAAAUUCUGUAUUUCAAAUUUUCAGCCACUAUAGUGAAACUUGAAAAACUUGUGAAUAACCUGGUUACUGUGAGUAGCUGACUUACCCACGUAAAAUAACACGGCAACUAACUUUUGGAGCCCAAACCCACAGAGUUAUUUAAAGUGAGAUUUCAAAGGGAUUUUCCAAUUAAUGAGAAAAUAUGGGAAACACGCUCCAAGUCAGCCAUGCUUCCAGUUCAGCUACUUUGGUCUUAAAUUUAAAAUCCUCUCUGAAUUCCAGUUUAGAACAAAUAUCACAAAACAAUACUGGUUUAGUUCUACACUGAGUGGCUGAGUAUUUGGAUAGUCUUUUUUUUAUGGAUUAGGAGCAGUAUCGUGGUCCAUCUAAGCCCCCAUAAGCGGAGUUGCUUCUGGAUACUUGUCAAGAGCAUGCGCUGUGUGACGCUGCGACAAACUGACUCAGGGUCACUGAGCCCGGCAGUUAUAGUAUUUCUAAAGCCAUCUUUACAGGGAACCUAUUCAUUUACCCCAAGUCGCUGCCUACACCCUCGUACACCCAUUUCUCAUACCCUGGGUUUUUCUGAGCCUUUUCCCAACACAUCUCAAACUGACAAAUCAGCUUCUAGCAAAGGGUUUGGAAUCAAUGAACCCUCCAAACACCUAGAGCACCCUGGCAUUCUGAAAUGCUUUAUAUGUGAAGAGUGUGUCCUGUGUUUUUGAUUUUGAGGCAGAAAUUGCUCAGAGCACCUGACUUACAAAGACUUCUCAUUGAGCUGCUUUGGGGGGGGUCUAAGAUUGGACAGAGACUGAAAGUCUGGGCGGGGAUAGAAAGGGAGGGCUUGCAAAUGCUGCAGACAGGAGAUCUGUAGUUUUUGCAGACAGUUUAUUUUUUUAAGAAGAAAUGCAUAAUCAAAUACAGAAUGUUGGUUUUAUAUGACAAAUAUUCACUAUUUUCUUUUUCUGCAAUGGAGUUAGGACAAGCACCAACAAAGCACUGCAUCACACACAUAUACUGCACAUCACAUAUAGCACACAUUUUACAAUAAUGUAACAGUAAAAAAACUAAACAAAAAAAGCCAAAUCAUAACAUUAAAGGUAACACAUUCGAAGAUGUAUUCAAGUGGACAUUUCAUACGGGCAAAAAAACAUUAAAAUGGCCCAAUAUACGCAGAUCAACUCAUUAGCCUUCCUAUCCUCUAUUAAUGGCAUUCAGAAAGCCAUAUGUCUAAAAAAAAUGACCCAGUCUUUAUAUAUAACUUAAAGGGACACUAUAGUCACCAGAACAACUACAGCUUAUUGCAUUUGUUCUGGUGAGUAGAAUCAGUACCUUCGGGCUUUUUGCUGUAAACACUGUCUUUUCAGAGAAAAUGCAGUGUUUACAUUACAGCCUAGUGAUAACUUCACUGGCUACUCCUCAGAUGGCUGUUAGAGAUCCUUCCUGGGUCAUGGCUGCCUAAAAUGCAUCCAAACAUUCAGUGUCUCCUCCUUCUGCAUGCAGACACUGAACUUUCCUCAUAGAGAUUCAUUGAUUCAAUUCAUCUCUAUGAGGAGAUACUGAUUGGCCAGGGCUGUGUUUGAAUUGUGCUGGCUCUGCCCCUGAUCUGCCUCCUUGUCAGUCUCAGCCAAUCCUAUGGGGAAGCAUUGUGAUUGGAUCAGGCUACCACUUCUGAUGAUGUCAGCAGGCAGUGGGCAGGUGAAAAGGAAACGGGGACAAAGUAAGCAGCUCCAGGCAUGGAUACAAGUAAGAUUUUACUAUAUUUAGGGAGGCAUGAGGGGACCAGGGUGGCUAGAUGGUGGUUUUAACCCUAUAGGGUCAGGAAUACGUUUGUGUUCCUGACCCUAUAGUGUUCCUUUAAAGUUAUAGAAAGUGUCUCCUGGGAUGUCAGACAGGGCAGUAACAGUUGAGGCAGUGAGCUGCUAUUUCUCCUCCCCCCCCAUCCUCCUCCUCCCCACCGCUAAAGUGAAAAGGUAGAUAAUCUGAAAUUAAACUCCUUGGAACAACAAAUAAAAAGUAAAAAUAACCCAGUUAUUUAAUUAUGUGCAAGAUAAAAGGAAAGAAAAAAGAGACCCACCACCAUAUGACAUACCUCCAUACAAUCCGACCCGUCAUUCACUUUCCCAGUCCCACUAUCCCUCCCAUUCCGCCAUGGAGACCACACCUUUUCAAAAAAUUGCCUGGACCUUUUUACUAUGGAUGUAAGUUUGUGCAUGAGAUAGUUGUCUUUUAUCCUGUGUUUGACUUUUGCCAAGCUGGGGGUUGUGCUGCUCAGCCACUUGGCUGCUGGGGUCCGCCUAGCUGCUAGUGUUAUUCUAUUCAUUGAUUUCUGGGAUCUGGCUGGCAGGCCCUCUACAGGUCGAGCUUGAAGAUGUACCCAGGGAUCAAGAUCGAUCAGCCUACCAAAUACUUGGGUUAAUAGGUCAUGGAUACCCUGCCAGAAUAGUAGAGCUUCUCUUUAAUGAACACCUGAAAUGCUGUUCCUUUAUUCAGAAGUAUGUUGCCAUAGUAACACCAGUAUAAAGCUACAUUAACGAGCUAUUAAGUACACUAGUAGUUUUUUUUUUUUUUUUUACUAAAGUAAGAAUUCAAAGUUAAGGCCAGAGUAGCUGACGAAGAAAUUUUCACUUUUGGCUAUUUUGACUUUAAAUUUGAAAUUCACUUUGAAUUUUCACUUUUAGUGAUUAACCCUGCAGGGGUUGACAGAAUUUUUUUUUAUAUUUUUUUUUACAAAACAGGUACAUAGUCUACAUCUUGGGUCUCAAUGUGAAAUUUCCAUCUGCUUCUGGUUUAAUUAAAUUGUGGCACCUAGAGUCACCAGAGAACAUGCAAAAUAAGUGUACUUCCUGUAUUCACAAAAACAGUUGAAUUUGUAAAGAUCCCCUCAUAGAGCAGUAUUGAAGUAAUAUCUCCCUUUGGGAAUGUUGUAGUCUCAUAGCCAUCCACUUGUGUUUUUCAAGUGUACAAUAAACCUGUCAAUAUUUUACUUACUGUCCCUUUAAGAGCGUUCUGUCUGUGACUGGGGAUGCUGCAGUGCUAAGACGCUUCUCCCUGCAGGCCAUACAGGCUCAGACAGCAAAAAGCAUCUGAAAAUCUUCUAUUCCUCAAAUGGAAUCUUAUUUAAUUUAAAACUAAAGGUCUCUGGCUGUUUGAAGCUGUAAAAAAAACCCCACUCGGUUUAUAUUUCAAUAAACACGCAUCUGGGAGACAGUGCAGAGCAUUUCUCCAUCAACCGACAGUCUAUUUCUGUCUGCAAAGCAUUGCUUCCUCGUACAGCACAAUGUAACUGGACCUGCAAAGCACUGCGCCUGUACCCCAACACUGUAUCACUGCAUCCAAACAGCACUGCUACCUCACCCAAUACUCACAGUACUGCAGAGAGCACUGCUUCCUGUAACUGGACCUGCAAAGCACUGCGCCUGUACCCCAACACUGUAUCACUGCAUCCAGACAGCACUGCUACCUCACCCAAUACUUACAGUACUGCAGAGAGCAUUGCUUCCUGUAACUGGACCUGCAAAGCACUGCACCUGUACCCCAACACUGUAUCACUGCAUCCAGACAGCACUGCUACCUCACCCAAUACUCACAGUACUGCAGAGAGCACUGCUUCCUGUAACUGGACCUGCAAAGCACUGCGCCUGUACCCCAACACUGUAUCACUGCAUCCAGACAGCACUGCUACCUCACCCAAUACUUACAGUACUGCAGAGAGCACUGCUUCCUGUAACUGGACCUGCAAAGCACUGCGCCUGUACCCCAACACUGUAUCACUGCAUCCAGACAGCACUGCUACCUCACCCAAUACUCACAGUACUGCAGAGCAUUGCUUCCUGUAACUGGACCUGCAAAGCACUGCGCCUGUACCCCAACACUGUAUCACUGCAUCCAGACAGCACUGCUACCUCACCCAAUACUUACAGUACUGCAGAGAGCAUUGCUUCCUGUAACUGGACCUGCAAAGCACUGCGCCUGUACCCCAACACUGUAUCACUGCAUCCAGAGAGCACUGCUACCUCACCCAAUACUUACAGUACUGCAGAGAGCAUUGCUUCCUGUAACUGGACCUGCAAAGCACUGCGCCUGUACCCCAACACUGUAUCACUGCAUCCAGACAGCACUGCUACCUCACCCAAUACUCACAGUACUGCAGAGAGCACUGCUUCCUGUAACUGGACCUGCAAAGCACUGCGCCUGUACCCCAACACUGUAUCACUGCAUCCAGACAGCACUGCUACCUCACCCAAUACUUACAGUACUGCAGAGAGCAUUGCUUCCUGUAACUGGACCUGCAAAGCACUGCACCUGUACCCCAACACUGUAUCACUGCAUCCAGACAGCACUGCUACCUCACCCAAUACUCACAGUACUGCAGAGAGCAUUGCUUCCUGUAACUGGACCUGCAAAGCACUGCGCCUGUACCCCAACACUGUAUCACUGCAUCCAGGGAGCACUGCUACCUCACCCAAUACUUACAGUACUGCAGAGAGCACUGCUUCCUGUAACUGGACCUGCAAAGCACUGCGCCUGUACCCCAACACUGUAUCACUGCAUCCAGACAGCACUGCUACCUCACCCAAUACUCACAGUACUGCAGAGCAUUGCUUCCUGUAACUGGACCUGCAAAGCACUCUGCCUGUACCCCAACCUGAUAUUGAUUCUGCAGAAUAUUGCUCUCACCUGAUACCACAUUAUGGUUUCUGCAGAGUAUUAGUCUACCUGAUACUGUUACUGGGCUUGCAGAACAUUAGCCUCUAACCCGAAACUUGCCUAAUUGCUCUGUCUGCAGAGCGUUGUUCUUUUACUUGACAGUUUCUGCAGAGUAUUGCUCUCUCACUUUUCUGUUACUGUACACACAAAGACUGACAAGUGCUAAUAAUUCAACCAGGCCAGCAGAUUACUUUUGGCAGCAAACAGUGAACACAAGGGAUUCCUUCAAUCCCUUGAAAAAUAGAAACCAAAUUACAGCAAGAAAAAAAAAAAAAAAACACGAUGUGCCUACUAACAGAAAGAAUAUUUUAUUAAUAUGAAAGAGUCCAGGGACACAGACCAAGAUUUGGGGUAUCCACCAAGUGACCUUGCUUUCUUUAACUUUUAAUUAUUUAUCAGUGGUUACAUGUAAAAGAGAAAGAAACACACAAAAAACCUGGUGUAGUAUUUCUCUGUAAGUGAGGACACACAACACUUAGGUGAAAAAUUCCCACUCACAUAAUAUGGAGCUUUAAACAAGUCCCAGUCGCAGUAGUGUGUAGUGGUAUAAAUCCCACCGAUGGGUAAAGAUGCCGGGUGUGAUUAUCCAUGACGAAUAUGUUAUAACAGGAAAAAUAAAUCCAGAAGUGCAGUAUUGUCAAUACGAAAUGAGUGGUAAUAAAUAAAACGUAGAGCACUGACAAGAGAGGAGCUAUCAUCUUAAAGGGACAUUGUAGGCACCCAGACAACUUCAGCCUAUUGACGUGGUCUGUAUGCUGUUUCACUUUUGCACUUAGUGCUGCAAUGUAAAACAAAAAUAACGCCAUGUUCACAUGACCAUGUGGAUAGAUGUUACAUACUUUCUCUCACCUUGCGGUCUCUGCAACCAGCAGGCGUGCGUCUGCAUGACUAAUGGACGCCGGCCGCUGCAGAUCCACGGCAAAUUAUACCCCCACGUCCACCACGUGGUUGAUGACAUUGACGUGGUGAUGUCACGCGGCGCCGUGCCCACACAUUUUGGGGUCAAAGAUUGAUCUAGGCCAAUCAGAAAGGUAAAGAAUGUAUUUAAACUCAAAACUACCUUUCCUCAUUGCCCUGUCGUGGUUUCCACACGUUUUGAACGGUUAUGAACGGUUAUAUUCUGGUUUUUGACUUUGGCUUUGAUUUUGACUUCCCUGUAUUCUGGUAUCCCUGACCUCUGGCUUUCCUUUAUCGUUGUGUCCCUUUCUGUGUCCCCUGACCUCGGCUAGUAUCCUGACUAUUCUUUGGUACGUUAGUCCGGCCAUUCUAAGGCCCGGUAAUACGUUACCUAUUAGUCUUCUGUGUGACACAAUUCUACAUGCUGGAUCCAGUAGUAAUCCUGACAAUAGAAACUAAAUGUGCAAAUAUAAUUAAAUAUUGAGUAACAUGCAUUUAUAUAUAGCAGUCAAAUAAAAACAAUGGUAGCCGCAGAAAUAUUAAAUCUAGAGGUCAUGUGACUCAGAACAAAUCUACACAUCAGGUGACUCAAAUCGAUGUCGGCAGUGUAUGAAGGGUGUUAAUAUUGUUGUUGUUGGAAGUCUGUAAGGGCUCGUGACUAUUUGCAGCUACCAAGGCAGAAGUAUACAGACAAUGUAAGAACCACUCCCAUGUUAGGUGGCUUCAACAAGGCAAUAGUUCGCCUGGCGGCCUAUGGCAGCCAUAUUGGAUAUGUGCAAACUGUGGAAAAAGAGGGAACAGUACAAUACCAUAGCCCCUCCGAUGUCAGAAGGCCACAACGAGGCAAUAUGUCACCCGAAGACUUUUGGUGGCCAUAUUGUAUAAGGACAGAAUGCAAGGAAAUGGAGUGCUCCAACGGAAUAUAAUAAAAUAAGGAGAAAACAGAAGAUUACGAUUGUUCCAAGUUGCAAAAAGGGGUGUAUAAAACAGCAUAGAAAGGUUAAUUUUAAUGUAUGAGCGAAAAUAGAAUAGCAGGUUACUAGCUGACCAUGGCGGCCAUCUUUGUUAAGGGCUAACUGUGGGAAAAGGGUAAAACACUAUUUAAAAAAAAAAAAAAAGGAUUUUUAAAAAAUAAAUAAAUUGCAAUCUGUAAUACACUUGUUAAAGCCUUAGAAUAGGCUAAAAGUGUUGCGGAUUAUUUAAAUUUGUUGCUUUUCUGUUAUACCAAUAAAGUCUCUGUGGUUUUAUCUAGAUACUUUUAUUGUAAUUUUUAUAUAUUGUUAUUUUAUCUUCAUCCCUGACAUGCCUAGCGAAGUACCACCUAGUGGAUUUUGGACAUCUAUCCAUGGUGGGGGGGGAUUAUACCACCUAUGUUGGCAUUACAGAGUGCUCUAACUGCUCUGAUAAAAGUUAGUAGAGCACCAUGUCCAUGUCCAGUGCUUUAUGUCAGUGAGCACUAUAGCACUAAGUGUUGUGUGUCCUCAUUUACAGAGAAAUACUACACCAUAGCUUUUUUGUGUGUUUCUAUCUUUUUUACAUGUAACCAAGGAUAAAUAACUAAAAGCUAAAGAAAGAGCACUUGGUGGACACCCCACAUCUUUGACUGGACUCAUAUUGAUAUAAAAUUCUUUCUACUUUUUAUUUCUUGUUGUAAUUUGUUACUGUAGCUGCAGAAUAUUGCUCUUUCAGCUUAUACUCGGAGCAGUGCUAAAUGUAAUAAAUAUAUUAACACAACAUCUGAUUGGCUUUACCAUUUAUACUGAUUGAUAGCAACUUGUUUUUUGGGGGGAGAUUGGCUGGAAAGUGAGAAACUUAUCUGAUAGAGAGAGAGAGAGAGAUCCUUAUUACGUUAUGCAGAAGAUGAAAAAUAUAAGCUUCUGAAUUUAUUUUUUGUCAGAUUUACAGGUUAUUCACUAAAGUGAGAAUUGCCCCAAAUUCAAAGCAAUUGAAAAUAUAAUUUACUUAGGGAAUGUUUCGAAUUUGGCUAUUUUGGCUUGACUUUUCACUUUGGUGAAUAAUCCUGUUUGUAUUCAAUCCAAAAGUGAGAUGUGAUGCUACCCAGCUUGGGAUGGAUUUAAUAUGUCUUUUAUAUGGUUUUGCAGGCCUGGUCUCCCUAACACCCUCAUCAUGGAAUACCAGCCUCUACCAGACUUCCAGCUUCACCGCACCCCAUUGCCCUAUAGCCGGGAGGGCAGCAUGGCACCAAGUCUUGGAAACCCUGCCCCUGUAGAGAGGCACAGGGUAGUGAGGCACAUUGCCGUGUAUCAGCAGGAGAGCUUGGCAUUUGGGGGAGUUCCCACUUUGUGUGCGGAGAGCCAGCUAGGAUAUAGGACUACACCGCUGCCCCUGAACACCGUUAUCCCAGGAGUUACUGGGCAGAUACAGGAGCCCUGGCACAUGAGGUUCGAGAACAAUAAGGAUACUAGGAUUCAGGAAACCUCUCCAACAGCAAGUGUUGGGGAGCCCUCACCAGAGCCCUUCCCUAAAGAGGACAGGAGGUGGAGGAGCCGGGCACAGAGUGAUGGAGAACAAACUCACAAUUCCUCAUCGUCUCCUCUUAAUGAGAGCCCUCGACUCAUCAGCAGGUCAUCCCAAGGAUCAGAGAGAGCAAAGUCUGCUUGUAAGUGUCCAAUCUCUGGGGGAGGUUAUAGACUGGACAAUUGUCACAGAUGUCUGCUGAAAGAAAGGACUUGGGAGUAACAUUGCUAGGUUCCCUACACUUCCCCAUGUGAUUUAGGAAUUAAACCACAUUCAACAGAACAUAUUACAUGUUAUAAAACAUGGGAAGGCGGUAUACAACUUUGUAUAACCAUGGCUACAAUGAAUUUUGUUUUCCAUUUUGGUUCCCCAAAUUUUUUAUUUGGAUCCCCUUAGGAGGGUUCAUUCUCUCUUCACAUUAGGGAGAAAGCAAAGCUUCAACUUAAAGGGACACUAUAGUCACCAGAACAACUACAGCUUAUUGUAUUUCUUCUGGAGAGUAAAAUUAUUCCAUUCAGGCUUUUUGCAGUAAACACUGUAUUUGUAGAGAAAAUGCAGUGUUUACAUUACAGCCUAGUGACACCUCCAUUGGUCACUCCUCAGAUGGCUGCUUGAGGUGCUUCCUGGGGAAGUGCUGCACAGUGUGACUAACAUUCAGUGUCUCCACCCUCUGCACGAAGACAGGCAGAGUUCCAAAAUGCAGAGUUUCAUACUGCAGUAAAAUACACAAUAGGCAAAAACAGGCUAAUCUAUGUGAUACAAUGUCUGACCGUAGCGGUCAAACCAGGCAUCGAUAUUCAGUAGCCCAGUUUUGUAGAUGGAAUUCCCUAUGUAAUGUUAUCAUCCUAUUCUUAGCAGACAGGAAUGAAUCCACCACACUCUUCUGCUGCUGUAAGUUGUACCAUUUAAGGCUUGAUACUAUAUGUCAUCAGAUUAACCCAUCUGUACACUACUACUGAUAACAGUUUCUAUUUUAGUAUUUGUGCCCACAUACCAUUCAAAAGUCUUGGAAUUGGAGACAAUCACAAUGUUGGGCCCUUGUUCUGCCAUCUAAGUCUGUACCCUCAUAUCCUGCUUUCUAAGGAUACUGGAGAAAGAAAAUCCCCCUCUCCCCAGGUAGAAGGGCAAGUGUGUCAAUAACUGACUUCCACUGGACUCUGUGCCCAAUCUAUACUUAGGGGGGCUGGCCAGCAUGCUUGCAAGUUAGAUUGUGGUACCUUCAUGAAGGUCUAGCGUGCCCUGUUUGGUACCGCUUUUCCACCUCCUGAAUGAUGUUCAAUGUGCCACUGGCAAGCCCCCUCCAUUGGACAUUUGUGGCCAUACUCAAUAAUGGGUUCAUAAAAAAUGUUUUUGGUUAGGGUAGCCCUUGCUCUGCUGGUUCAGUUGGUUCAGUUUUACCUCAGCCAGAAUUUCCUCUGCCUGCCAGGGAGGGCAGGCUGAGAGGAGGACAUUGGUGGCACAGAGGAGGGGGACAUGCUGCCACUGGCUUUUUGGUGCCUAUGCUGUACAGAAUUCACAGAAACUUUUUUUGGAAAUCAUCUGUCUUUUUCCAUUACCUGGGGUGUCAAAGAACCGUGUUCUGUCCAGGAAGUGCUAAUAGUCGAAGCGCAAUGUAACUGCGUACCCUCAGUUGAUAAAAAAAAAUAAAAUAUUACUUUGAUAUAUUUUUCAUUUGUUUAGGAAUUGUUUCAAAUUUUUGAAAAUAUAUAAAAAUGCAUAUAUAACAUAUAUAUGAAUUUUGUGAAUGCUGGCAAGUUAGAGGAUAUCUUGGUAUUCGAGCUGUAAUUGGGUUAAGUGUGCCAAGAGGUACUAAUUAGAUAUUACAAUUUUGAUGGCAAAGAUAGCUGAAGGGGUAACUGAUUCAAUGUUCGAAUUUCUCAGGGCGUAAAAUCCGCCUCUAUCUCCCGGAUGCCACUUUAGGCAGCAGCCCAUCUACUCCUUCGAUGGACGAUGACUCUGUGUUUUCAGAGCCUGAAGACGCGGGCUGUGCAGUGACUGAAGUCAAGUUGGAGCCAGAAGUCCUAGAGGUUGCCGCAUCUCCAGGGAAGACAGAUCAAGAACGGUGGAGGUUCUCAGCCUCGGAGCUUAUCAGCAAACUGCAACUCACGCAGAGAAGGAACAACUUUACUGCCAGACUCGGCAAAUCGCUUUCCGCCAAGAUCACCUUGAGAGAACGAGGGGCCUCAGCAAGUCAAGAAGGUAUGUGCAAGUUCAGGCAAUAACAUAUGGGCAAUGUGGUGUCAUUCCUAGGGCACCAAUAUUUAGAAUUUCAUAGUCACCAAGAGAAACUUUAGUUACAUGAACACUAUGAAACCUCUUGAAAUUAAUAUGUAAAAAGCAUUGCUUUACCCAAUUAGUAUCUAUGCCCAUAGCUUGUUUUUGUAUCUGCAGGUAAAUCUGGUAGAAGAGAGAGGAGAUGUAACAGUGCUGGGGUAACAAGCCUUCUGCAGCCGGCUGUAGUGGACACAGAUAACUCUUGGCUCAGGUAGGUCGAGCAUAACAGAUGAAGGUUCAAGUAGGCAAGGGGUCUCUGGACAGAUAAGCACAGACUAAGAUUCAAGUGAGACAGAAAUCCAUGGGUCUGAAAGACCAGUACACGCGUAGGCAAGGAAUCCCCGGUUAGUCAAUGAUUAAGGUCCAGGUAAUCAGACAAUCCCUGGAGAGUCUCAGAUCAAGGGCACACAGAGGCUGCCAAUGGCUUCUAUAAUUAUUAUUAAGGGUAGAUACUUUGCUUUUUUUUACAUUUUAUGUUGCAGGCUUGUUUAGGUGAACUGGCAAUCUAAUCCACAGAACAUAUCAAAUGCCCUUUUACUAUCCCGGUAUUUGUCUUCUAAAAAUCUCACAAAUGGAACAGAUUCUGUUUGCUGUACAAAACUGCUCAACUUCUGUUUGUUUUGAGGCAUUUUGAAUAUUAAUACAUAAAGUUAUCUAUUAAAUCAGUGAAAACAAAAUGUAAAAAAAAAGUAAAACUAUUAAAAUAAGUUUCAAAUACCCUCUAGUAAAAAAGAAUGUAUCACUUAAGGACUAUACAAAAAUAACUACUUAUAAACAUUUGUCUUUAAAGUUUGUGUUCAGAAAAGAUUUGUAUUUUUUACCAUGUUCCUAGUGUACAUUUCAAUGGCUUUUUGUUUGUUCAUUUUAAAGAAUUUUCAACGCUUUGCCCUUCGAUUGUUUGAACAAAGCGUACAUUCUCAGCCCCCCCAAUACUAACAGUCCUCUGCACUGGCUGGAGACUGACUGAGGUUGUGUUUAACAUUUCAGGAAUAAACUCUCAGAGAGCAAGGAAGCUAGUCCUGUGAGACCACCCAGCGAGAACACACAGAGUCCCCACCAAGAGAGACAGUUCCCCUGUGAAGAGAGACAGUCCGUCACAGUGGAGCGAAGGUCACAGAAACGGCAGUCAUACUGCGAGAGGAGACAGUCACGCUAUCUAUUAAGCUGUAAGUGUGCAACAUACCAAAGUAAUUGCAAAUAUCUAAAACAUCUAGCAAAAACUAACUGCAAUGCAUCAAUCCUCUCUCUAUAUAUAAAUUAUGUGUUGCUGGGAACUCAAAGUAAAUAGCACAUUUUAAGUUGAACUGAAACUAUAUCCGACUGUGAUAUUUUUCCAAAUCAGCGGUUUUGGCCUAAAAUGUAAAAUUCACUUUGACUUCCCGACAAGGCACACUUUAUUGAAUGGCCCAGCUGAUGUCCACUCCUCUCUGGUAAAGUUACAUAACUCAAGAGCUCAGAAAGUUUAAAAUUCCUGGUAAAAUGAAUGUACUCCACAUGUGGAUAAAGGCUGUAGCGCUAGAUGCCUCUACAAGAAACAAAAUCUCUAAAAUGUCAAUAUAUAAAUGGAAUAGAAAAAGUAGAACAUGCCUUCUCAAAUUUCCUGUAGGCAGCAAUUGUUUCUCGAUGAGGUUCCUCUGGAUAUUUUUAAAAGCUACAUUUUGAGGAUCACUCUCUCCUGACUCUGGCCCCUCCGUAAACACUGCUUCAGUCCAAGGGACAAUUCGCUUACAAUCCACGUGAUUAGCAUCUGAAAGGGGUGGUUUUUCUCACCCCGAGGAGAGGUUUAGAACUGGUUUAGGAGAUUAUCUGUUCAGCCUUUAAUUUUAAAUUGCCUUAAGCAACAAAAAUCUUCCUCCUUGUAAGACACAGGCAAAUACCAUACAAACUGUUUGAUCUGAUAGCUAGCAGAUCUGCCACUGGAAAAUGACUUUAAAUUCUCUGAAAGCUUACAAUGUGCCUUUAUGUUGUCUUUAAAAAGUUUUAAGACAAUUUUAAUAAUUGUUUCUGUCAGCCUAAAAUACUUGGUGCAUGUGCGAAAGAAUUCCCAAUCUCUCAUGAAACAUACCUGUCUGGAGUCCGGCGACAGUACAUGUUUUCAUGACGUAAGGAAGAGGUCACAGUACAUUUUAAAGAAAUAAAAAAUACUCACUUUAUUAAAUUCUGAAUUUUACAGUUACAUAUACAGUUGCAAGAAAAAGUAUGUGAACCCUUUGGAAUGAUAUGGAUUUCUGCACAAAUUGGUCAUAAAAUGUGAUCUGAUCAUCAUCUAAGUCACAACAAUAGACAAUCACAGUCUGCUUAAACUAAUAACACACAAAGAAUGAAAUGUUGCCAUGUUUUUAUUGAACACACCAUGUAAACAUUCACAGUGCAGGUGGAAAAAGUAUGUGAACCCUUGGAUUUAAUAACUGGUUGAACCUCCUUUGGCAGCAAUAACUUCAACCAAACGUUUCCUGUAGUUGCAGAUCAGACGUGCACAACGGUCAGGAGUAAUUCUUGACCAUUCCUCUUUACAGAACUGUUUCAGUUCAGCAAUAUUCUUGGGAUGUCUGGUGUGAAUCGCUUUCUUGAGGUCAUGCCACAGCAUCUCAAUCGGGUUGAGGUCAGGACUCUGACUGGGCCACUUCAGAAGGCAUAUUUUCUUCUGUUUAAGCCAUUCUGUUGUUGAUUUACUUCUAUGCUUUGGGUCAUUGUCCUGUUGCAACACCCAUCUUCUGUUGAGCUUCAGCUGGUAGACAGAUGGCCUUAAGUUCUCCUGCAAAAUGUCUUGAUAAACACGGGAAUUCAUUUUUCCUUUGAUGAUAGCAAUCCGUCCAGGCCCUGACGCAGCAAAGCAGCCCCAAACCAUGAUGCCCCCACCACCAUACUUCACAGUUGGGAUGAGGUUUUGAUGUUGGUGUGCUGUGCCUUUUUUUCACCACACAUAGUGUUGUGUGUUUCUUCCAAACAACUCAACUUUGGUUUCAUCUGUCCACAAAAUAUUUUGCCAGUAGUGCUGUGGAACAUCCAGGUGCUCUUGUGCAAACUGUAAACGUGCAGCAAUGUUUUGUUUCGAGAGCAGUGGCUUCCUCUGUGGUAUCAUCCCAUGAAAUCCAUUCUUGUUUAGUGUUUUACGUACUGUAGAUUCGCUAACAGGGAUGUUAGCAUUUGCCGGUGACUUUUGUAAGUCUUUAGCUGACACUCUAGGAUUCUUCUUCACCUCAUUGAGCAGUCUGCGCUGUGCUCUUGCAGUCAUCUUUACAGGCCAGCCACUCCUAAGGAGAGUAGCAGCAGUGCUGAACUUUCUCCAUUUAUAGACAAUUUGUCUUACCGUGGACUGAAGAAGAGCAAGGCUUUUGGAGAUACUUUUAUAACCCUUUCCAGCUUUAUGCAAGUCAACAAUUCUUAAUCGUAGGUCUUCUGAGCGCUCUUUUGUGCGAGGCAUCAGUCAAUGCUUCUUGUGAAAAGCAAACCCAGAACUGGUGUGUGUGUUUUUAUAGGGCAGGGCAGCUGUAACCAACACCUCCAAUCUCAUCUCACUGAUUGGACUCCAGUUGGCUGACAUCUCACUCCAAUUAGCUCUUGGAGAUGUCAUUAGUCUAGGGGUUCACAUACUUUUUCCACCUGCAUUGUGAAUGUUUACAUGGUGUGUUCAAUAAAAACAUGGCAACAUUUCAUUCUUUGUGUGUUAUUAGUUUAAGCAGACUGUGAUUGUCUAUUGUUGUGACUUAGAUGAUGAUCAGAUCACAUUUUAUGACCAAUUUGUGCAGAAAUCCAUAUCAUUCCAAAGGGUUCACAUACUUUUUCUCGCAACUGUACUUCAUUCACCUAUAUAUCAGUAUUCACAGAUAAAAUAAUUGUAAUAUGAACUAAAAGCCUACCCUGUGUCACUGGAGGCCACCAUCAUACCUUUCACAAAAACUUUUCCUCCAUAGUGGAAGAUUGAUUUGCUCCGUCAGCCUUGGAAGGUGGAGUGAGACGAAAGGAGGGCUUUUUGCCAAACAAGAAAGUAAAAUAGUCCACAGCUUUUAAAACAUAUAUUAUAGGUAGUUUUGUUUUGAGAUAAAAGCUGUGUAGAUGGCAAUGGUUCCUUUCAAAUAUGAUGACUUUAAAGUGUCAUCAUUAUAUAAAACCUGGCGCCACAUUUAUAGAAACUGCAGCUUCAUUAACGCACAUGCAUGAUGGAGCUUAUCAUACAACAGUUUUUAAUGCUGUGCCUCUUGAUUCCCAGCUAUCCUGUAUCAGGAAUACAGUGAUGUAGCCAUCAAUCGAGAGAUCCAGAGACAGAAGAGAGAGGACAUUGCUGGUGAUGAUGAUGAUGUGUCGGCUAGUCCUAAGAGCAACCUUUCCCCAAGCAGUUCCUUCCGCUCCCAGCGAUCAUCUCGUGGAUCAACAUUCUCCCUCUGGCAGGAUAUCCCGGAUGUAAGAGGCAGCGGCCUGCUCAAUACCUUAACUGUCCAGGAGCGAAAACUGCAAGAGGUGAGAGAUGGCUUGAAAAAAGUUAGUUGAAUAUUUCCAUUAACACGACGAGAGAUAAAGAAAGUCCGCCAUGAUAUGAUCAAUUGCAAAUAUGGCAAUAGAGUUUAAAUAUGGCCAAUAACAUAUUUCAUUGCCAACUGGUGUCUCCUCAGGCCAAGUUCGAGCUGGUGACCUCGGAGGCCUCCUACGUCAACAGUCUUUCUAUCGUCGUUGAUCAUUUCCUUAACUCUCCUGAGCUCAGUGAGUGCCUUGGCACCCAGGAAAAACAGUGGCUCUUCUCAAAACUACCAGAAGUGAAGGAGAUCAGUGAGAGGUGCGUGAGUCUCUGCCCACCAUGCUCCACAUAUUUUUUAAAUCCUCAUGUAGAGCAUUUUUUUAAAAUAUCCCGUUAGGGACACAUGAAGGAAAUUUUCCAGCAUGCUGGAAUUUUACUUCUGAAGCUGUGUCCUAAAGGGGAUAUUUAAAAAUCUGUACAUAUAUGUCGUGGCUCUUCUAGCAUACAGGACUUUUUGUCUCAUUAGUCUGGAAAUUCAAAAGUGAAAUAUCACAGUAACAGCUAGUGAUCUCAUCAGAUAUGAGCAUCCGUAGCAUAUGGCAAUAGGGGGCAAGUGCUUUCCUUUGAUUUAAAUAGAGCCUAAGAGUGAGAUUGACUAUGCACAGUAUGGCUUCACCGCCAGCGGGAAACGUUCUGCAGAUUAACUGAAUCCAGAUUAAAUUAAUGUGUAGAAACUAUAAUACAAUUUGGAUCAGGACCCAUAUUUCAGUACCCAUUCUAUUUUCUGUGGACUAUGUCUGCCAGUGGUCAUCAGAUGCCAGGAGUAUAAACUAGUUAGUAAAGCAGCACUGCUUUCUCCAGUGCACUGGAAGUCCUUUAUAAUUCUGUUUUGCAUAAUUAAUUUUGGUUAUAUAUUCUGUUACCAUUGGAAAAUGGGUUACUGAGAUAAUUUCACACUGAAAGAAUAGGUUGCCAAGCUAAUUCUAUGUACUCAAUAUGGAGCUAGUUCCAUAACCUGCGCAAAUGUUUAAAACAUAAAAUUGUCCUGAAGAACGCGUUUUUGACUUCGUAUUCUCUUUAUUGGACAGGUUCCUUGCAGAUUUGGAGGAAAGGCUGGAAGAAGAUAUUCUGCGUUUUGAUGUUUGUGAUAUUGUUUUACGUCACUGUCCUGAAUUGCGCAGGGUUUACCUCCCGUAUGUCACAAAUCAGGCUUAUCAGGAACAAACCUAUCAACGUCUGCUGUAAGUGAUUCAUUCAUGGGUGGAAUGGUAAUCUUUACAGCUUGAGCUUUCCACACUGCAAUAUUCACGACGCUCUAUUAUGAGCUGGAGGAUCUGGAGAAUGCGAUACAAUGUUUCUACCCUCUUUUCCAGUGUGCACUAUGUUAGUACAUUGCUUGAGAGGAUCAGAGGACUUUAAAUCAUGACAAGUGCUAAUUUGGAACUUUCCUUCUGUUUCAGACUGGAGAACGCUCGAUUCCGAACUGUCCUGGCUAAAUUGGAAGAGGACCAAGUCUGCCAACGUCUCCCUUUGACUUCCUUCCUUAUCCUACCUUUCCAGAGGAUAAUGCGACUAAAAAUGCUGGUGGAGGUAUGCUCCUUAUAUAUUUCAUGAAUCCAUCUAAACCCUGCCCUGUGGAGUAAAUUGCUUGUACUUUGGGGUACCAAUUCCAUAGUUUUCAGGUUCAUGUGGCUCUGGGUUUGCGGGGUUUGCAGAAUAUUGGUUUUCAAUCUAUAUAACAAACAGGACUAAUAAUUUAGGAGUGCCAUGAGUCUGAAGUUAGAGGCUAUUCAUUGAGUACAUAUGGAAUUGCCCUAUAGAAAAUAUUAAAAUUUUACUCACUUUUAAAUCUUAUCUUUUAGACAAGGAUAUUAAGUAGCUUACUUUGCCAUCAGAAUGGCAUCAUAUAGACUGGGUAUUGUCUAACAUCAUAUACAAUGGAGGGAGCUGUGUAAGGGAAGUAGAAAACUCUAGGACCUAGUAUUUAAAAAGGCCUAUUGGUGCCCUCAGAAAUCCUUAAAUCUUAGUCCAAAAUCACAUUGUGGAAUGUAUCAUGGGAAUACUCUGCCUGUAUUUGGUGUACUGAGGGCCUUCCUACAGCACAGAGGUAAAAAAAAGUGUCAAGGUAAAAGGAUUCUCGGAAAUAUCAAAGGAACAUAUUAGAGGCUCCUGCCCACAGGACAUAAAUCCAAAAUAGGCACUGGCUGAUUUACAGAUCCAUGCAUAAAGUCAAUGGAGUGCUGCACCGAGGCAAGUUUACGUGGGAGCUCUGUGGAAGGGGGUCCGCAGCCUACCAGGAACAACAAUGUAGGGCAAAGGAAAAAAGUAUAUUUAUUGGAGAUCCUAAAGGACGAAAAGUUGUGUCUUUUUUUUUUGUCCUUUUGGAUCUCCAAUAGAUAUAUUUUUUGCCUUCGCCCUACGUUGUGACACCUGUGGAGCUCUAUUUCUUAUUUACAGAUCUAGUCAGAAAGAAGUGAGAGUGUUUGAGUAGCAGUUACUAUUCAGCACUGAAAUAAUGUUUCCCGUUUAUAUUUUACAGUACUGAUAGUGGCCUGUGAUAUUUAUACGGUCGUUAUUUCUUCUUCAUGCUGCUCCACUGCUUCUAUCUCAUUCUCUGUUUUAUCACGCGUUGCCGGCAGCAGGGGGCUGGCGUGCUGCAGAAUCGCUGUGCAUGUUGAAAACGCCUCUGGGGGGAUUUCAUCAGACAGGACUGUGAUGCUUAUAGCAGAGAAAGAGGAUAGGCGUGGCCCCUAUAGACACGAAAUCCACAAAUUCCACAUCAAUAAAUCCUUUCGCUACAAUAAACCUGUCACUUCCAGCGGCUGAAACGGCGGAACCCAUGUCAGUAGCGUUGCUUUGCAAUGCGCUGCUCAGCCGCCGGCACCAAAAGGGUGGAGGAUAAAAUCUGCUCAUAUAUUAGGGGUGUGUUUACUAAAUAGGGGAUUGGGAAGAAUUUAUAAAGAAAUUUGCACUUUCUAGGCCAAAAUAGCUGAGCAGGAAAACAGCUGUGCUGGAUAACUUUUCCAACUCGGCUACUUUGUCCUAGAAUAUGCAAUCGCUUUGUUACUUCUCCACAAUUCUCUUAGUGAAUAGCUCUGAGCAUCAUGAUCUAAUCCCUUUUAAUAUGUUACAUUCUUUCACAUAAUAAGUUAUUAGCAGUCAACUCACAAAACAAUGCCCUCAAUCUGGUAAAAUACUUGAAUUGUAACUUCUUUGGAAAUAUCUGUUUUUAUCCCAAAACUGAGUGUAAUUAUAGAGUGAGUGGAAGUGGUUAAAAUGUUACCUGUGAUUGCUGUGUGCACAGUAUAACUGUGGGUAAAAUGUGAAUGCAAGCGCCCUCUGCUGAGCACAUCAUGCUAUGCAUAUUCAUCGAAUACCUGUAUAGGUAACCAACAAUUACUGAUAAAAACCCACUCUGCUCAAGCAGAGAUCUAAGGAUGUUUAUUUAUUCAUCAAAUGUAGUGACUUCUUUUGUCGUGUCUUGCUGGCCUCUGGUGGAUUGAAUUUUUUAGACCAUUUCUGUCGUACUGUCUGCUUUUUGAGAUUAUUUUGUUUUUGUAUAUUUGUAUAAGUCAGGCUGUAUUUGUGUUGAACAUUUAGUUUUUCUGUCUGAGGCCUGCUUUGCUGUCAGUUUGUUUGUGUUCCUCUCUAUUAGGCUGUAUUUUUACCCGUCUGUCUGCGCUGCAGUCUAUAUUUCUAAGUGUCGGCCUUCUCGUUUAUUGAUAUCAAUGUCUAACCAUCACCUUAUACUCGCAUACAGAACAUACUGAAGCACACAGCGCCGGGGUCCCACAAUGAGGACACAGCCAGCAAAGCCUUUACUGAGUUAAAGAAGGUAACACUAAUUACUGAGCCAGGUUUAAUGGAUGAUUGGUUCCACUAUAUUCAUCACAGAUUAAACCAGAUCAUUUCUCACUCCUGUGGUACAGCUAACUAUUAUUCAUAUUUAUAAAGCGCCAACAAAUUGUGCAACGAUGUACAAUGGGUCUAUCCAAGAGGAACCUUGUUAAAUUAAUCUGUGCCUUGUCUCAGUAUUAAGGGAUAUUUUUUUAAACUAGAACAUCCAGCUGAAACCCCAACGUUUGGUUUACUUUAGUUAUUCUGGAAAUGCUUGGGAUAAUUUGCACGUACAUUUCGCACUGAGUGACAUCUGAAUGUUGUGUUUCUAUGAUUCGUUCUGUAAUGAGAGGUCAUUCUCCCGGACGGUCAGGCCAUGGGAAGGUCUGGUCGCAGUUGGGUGAGAGGUGGCAGGCUGGUGUUAGUGAAUUCAUGCAGGGGAGGUGGUAUAUUACUGGCAGAUACACAGCUGACAUGUAGCUGUGAAGGAAUGUGUGAGUCAUAAAGGUGGCCCCAGAUCAAGUGGCAGACAUGUGAGAGCCAUGUAAAGUCCAAUGUUUGGGUGCAGGAUGGUGAUAUUGGAGUCACAGCAGGGCACGGCGGGUCCCGUGAUAGACAGGUUAGGAUGUACAAGCUCAGGAUGUAAAGAGAAUUGUUACUAUCCAAUAUUCUUGUCCAUCGCAGCUCGUGAAAGAGUGCAACGCCAGCGUCCAAUCAAUGAAGAGAACAGAGGAGCUUAUUCAUCUUAAUAAGAAGAUUCACUUCGAAAGCAAGGUGAGUGAGAGUCUCAGCCGUGAGUAAACACUUCCACAAUCCACACGGAGUUAUAUAUACAAGGUAUAUAGAGUCAAAAAGGAUAUGCAGCAUUAUUGACUGAACCGGAAUUAACAGGAACUGACUAGACAAUUCCUAACAUUGCCCAGCCCGCUCUGCCAGCAGGUUAACAUUGCCCAGCCCGCUCUGCCACCAGGUUAACAUUGCCCAGCUCGCUCUGCCAGCAGGUUAACAUUGCCCAGCUCGCUCUGCCAGCUGGUUAACAUUGCCCAGCUCGCUCUGCCAGCAGGUUAACAUUGCCCAGCUCGCCUUGCCAGCUGGUUAACAUUGCCCAGCUCGCUCUGCCAGCUGGUUAACAUCUGUCAGCUGGUUAACAGUGUCCAGCUCUCUCUGCCAUCAGGUUAACAUUGUCCAGCUUGCUCUGCCAGCUGGUUAACAUUAUCCAGCUUGCUCUGCCAGCUGGUUAACAUUGCCCAGCUCUCUCUGCCAUCAGGUUAACAUUGUCCAGCUUGCUCUGCCAGCUGGUUAACAUUGCCCAGCUCACUCUGCCAGCAGGUUAACAUUGCCCAGCUCGCUCUGCCAGCUGGUUAACAUUUCCCAGCUCUCUCUGCCAGCUGGUUAACAGUGUCCAGCUCUCUCUGCCAGCAGGUUAACAUUGUCCAGCUUGCUCUGCCAGCUGGUUAACAUUGCCCAGCUCGCUUUGCCAGCUGGUUAAUAUUGCCCAGCUCUCUCUGCCAGCUGGUUAACAGUGUCCAGCUCUCUCUGCCAGCAGGUUAACAUUGUCCAGCUUGCUCUGCCAGCUGGUUAACAUUGCUCAGCUCGCUCUGCCAACAGGUUAACAUUGCAAAGCUCACCGAACAUUGUAAACUGAGUGCACACUCAGAAUCAGUCUACAUAGCACUCCCACUCAUCCUAAGUGAUGUAAUAGAGUAAUAAUCCCACAAACUUCUUUUAUUUCGAUGUAUAUGGGAUAAAUUCAGUCCCUACAAACCAGAAUGAGAUGAUCCUGAUUGCUGGUCUCAAUCUGGUGUAAGCGAGGUCUGCUUGCAAUUGCAGACAGACCCACUGAACAGCGAUUUGGCUGUGAACUUUAAGGCAUCCUUUUUAAUAUUUUUUUAAAUGUGUUUUAUUUUUAUUUUUUUGUAUUUCUAAUGUAUUUUCUAUAUAAUGUAGUAAAACAGAGGUAAUAUAAUUUACCCCACACUUUCCCCUGUAAUGUACCACCUAUAGACACAUACAUCAAACGAUUAUCCUUGGAUCUAGAAUAGAAUGACUCUGUGUCUCCCGUCUCUGCAGAUAUUCCCUCUGAUCUCUCAGUCCCGCUGGCUGGUAAAACACGGAGAAUUGACUGAACUGGACAUGCAAAUACCAAACGUGGCCGGAUCCCGAUUUAAACUCAGCCCGAGGACAGUGUAUCUGCAUCUGUUUAAUGACUGUCUGUUACUGUCCCGGAAAAAAGAGUAAGUGUCAGUGAUGGCGGACUUUAUCACUGCUAUAGAGUAUAAUGCUACCUGCCCAACACACUACCCUGGGCAUGUUACUCUUUAUCUAAUAAUACAGAAAGGUUAUCUUUUGAUCUUCUGAAAGCACUGACAGUGAGCCAGUAACAUCGCCUCUCCACACAUGCUAAGAAUAGCAGAUUUCUGACACUUGUGGAUGGUUAUUGACUAAACUGUGAAUUCACCAGGGACUUUCAAAUAUUAGACUAAAUUAAGAUAAAAACAUCGCUGACUUGCGUUUUUUUUCCUUCUUCUAAUUUGGCUGUUUUGUCCUAAAAUGUGCAGUUCCAUGGUGAAUUUAAGAGGAUUCAUGCUUCACAUGGUUAUUCACUAGACUUCAAGGUGACUUCAAACUGUCUGGUCUUAAAUUUGAAAUCCCUUAGAAUUCUCACUAUAGUGAUUAGCCCUGUUAGUAAAAAAAACUUAAAUUGACUGAGCCAGGAACUGUGAAGAACUGAAAAGGGAACUGCUGCUAAGAUAGAACUCAAGUAACAUUAAGGAUUAUGGGUCUUAGAUUACAUUAGAACAUAGAGAGAUGGUGACUGUCAUUAGGAAAUCUCUGUGCUCCAAUACAGAUAGAGGGGGAUUAGGCUUCCCAGAUAUAGUAAAAUUUUAUGAAGCCGGAAUAAUUUAUCAUAUUGUAAUGUUACAAAGGGAGAUAUACCAAAGAGAGGCAUGGGGGAGGAUAGAAACAGCUUUAUGCCAAUCAAAAAAUUUAUCUAACAUUAUAUGGAACAACAAAAGUUAUGAUUACUCAUUAUCAUUUAUAUUGGAUCAAAUUAUCCCUAUAUGGGAAAGAAUAAAGAUGAAAUCAGAUAUUAAGAAUAAGCUCUUGGGUUUUCAAAAUAUAGAGAGUCUGGAAAUAGAUAUUAUAAAUAUUUCCUUAAAAGUAUGGAGAGAGGUAAAUAUCAGAAAGAUUGAAGAUCUAAUGCUAAACGGUGAGCCAAAGACUUUUGAUAUAUUGACAAGAACAUUUUCUCUCCCAAAUAGAGAGGCAUUUUCUUAUCUCAGAGUUAGGAACUAUCUGAAGUCCAAAACCUUUGUAAAUAGUGGGGAAAUAUAUAAUGCGUUAAAAAUAAUUUUCUCUAAAAAAGAGUCCAAAAACCUUUUUGCUGUCUGUAUAAAAUUUUUUGAUUCCAUAAAAACAGAGAACCGCCCAACGGCAAUAAAAAGCUGGGAAAAAGUCCUGAAGUUCCCCAUAGAUUCAGAAGAAUGGUAUGCUGCUAUAAUGAAAACAAAUAAAUAUGUGCAUAGUCUCUCCCUGAUUGAAACACAUUUUAAAGUGAUAAAUAACUGGUAUUUAGUCCCCUCAAAAAUAUCAAGAAUGUUUAACGAUAAUAAUGAUUUGUGCUGGAGAUGUGGAGAAGAAAAAGGAGACUAUCUCCAUAUAUGGUGGAGCUGUAAGAGAGUAAUUCCCUUAUGGUCUAUGGCUAAUUCAUUAUUACACAAGAUAAAUGGUAUAGGAAUAAAAAUGAAACCAGAGGUGAUGUUAUUACAUAUAAGGUGGCCUGCUCUAAGCAGAAUGAAUCAAAUCUUGACAAUACAUUGUUUAAUAGCAUCAAAAAUUAUUAUUGCCAGAAAUUGGAAAAAGACGCAAUCAUUCCUGAAGAAGCAACUUAUUCAACAAUUAAAAUAUCAGAUUCAUAUGGAACUAGGGAUGAAUAAAAUUAAAAAUCAAUAUAGAGAAUAUAGUAUGUGGGAAAAUUGGCUAAUUAAAUUGGAGAAACAAGAAACCGAACUGACUCUUUAGAAGGACAAAAUCAAUAGAAUGAUAUAGUAGAUAUUUCCUGUUGAUAUUAAAUAAUUUGACUCACAGAGCUGUGCAGUAAGGUUAGGUGUGAAUGUGUGUAUGAAUGUGGUUAGGUCACCUUCUUUCUUUUUUUUUUUUUUGUGUGUUUCUUUUUCCGUACCCUCUCUCUUUCUCCCUCCACUGUUUCAUGAACGGGGUACCUUCACUUUGGUCAACUUAAUAUGUUUGGGUAGAAUACAAUAUAUAAAUAGUAAUGAUGGCUGAUAGUUGUCGGUUCUAAGCGGGGGAGGGAUGGAGAUCGGGGGGAUCGCAAUAUAUAUGUAUUUAUGAUGACUAUUAUACCCGCCAUAUAUGAUGACAAAUCUGAAAUAUAUAAAGAGGCGGGUAUUGUCUGAAAUAUAAAAACAAAGAAAGAAAAGAAAAAAAAAAAAAAGGAAAUCUCUGACAAUCUAAUAAGCUGCCCAUGGUAGGUGCUACUCUACGCAAGUGAUUUUGUAUUUGAUUUCAUGUCUUUGUUUGUUAGCUGUUUUUCCCCCCCUCACAUUUAGUGAAUGUUCUUAACUUGCAGGCUGGGCAGGUUUGCCGUUUUCGCGCAUGCCGCGGUGUGUGAUCUGAAAGUGACCGAUCUAAGCUGGAAGCUGCAGGAGGUGCCUGGGGAAGUGUUCCACGUGCAGUUAUGUCAUGACCAGCGGCCAAAGUACCAGAUUUUACUACGGGCACAGAGCGAGUGAGCAUUGGGAACAGGAGAGGGUGGGGGCAAAAACAUUAGACUUAAAAAUGUAAACGGAACUAUAAGGAGAGGUAAGAACGCUACAGGGACAGUAUCUGCAGCGGCUGGCAAGAUACCCCCAGAGGCAGGGUCACUGGCAGUCUGAUCUUCUUAAAGGGAUAGCGGAUAUAUGGUCGAGUUUUGUGAAAUAAGAUGACAGAAGACUAUAUAGCACACUAAAAUAGAAAAGCUUUUUUUUUAUUUACAUUUUAUGCACUGUUUGCUGUUUUUUAAUCCUCCAGAUGUAAAAUAAGGCUUAGCCUGUGAUAUAUUUUAGAGACAGCAAGAGGAAUAUCAAUGUAAAGCUCCUCGUGGGCAGGGCUUCUACUCCGGGUACUGCUAUGAUUGGCCGAGUCUUCUCUGUGGAAUGUUAACAUUACCAGUAUUUACAGUCACAUAAAAGCCAAAAGAACAAAACAAGAAUGAAAACAGUUACCAAAGUUUAAAUAACAAUAUACAAUUUGGGAUUAAAAAAAAGUGAGAACCUUUCAGAAUUUUCUGUAUUUCUGCAUUAUUUUGGCCUUAAAACAUAUUAUUACAAUCAUAGCUGCAUAUAAUUCGAUUGGCAAUUACUUAAAAAUAACAUUUAGUAAAAAUUAUUAUAUACAUCAAUUUUAAUCGACCAUUCAUUCUUGGAGAAAAAAACUGUGCGAACCUUCAGGAUAAAUCACCACUCUUACAAUAUAAUUUGAGGCGAAGCUACAGUGAGCCUGUGGGGCAUGUCUCUAUAGAACAAGUGUAAUGUCUACAUGGCACCAGAUUUUCAUGGCACAAGUUUGUGAAUUAAAUUUCCAAAGACCCUUUGAUAGCAUGGUAAGCAAUACUCCCUGAAGACACACACACAAUGGAUUUGAGAUUCAUACAGGCAAAUUCUACAAGAUAAUGUCCUUUUUAAAAAUUUUGCAGAAUGUGGGUCAUUCUACACUACAACUAUGUGAAUGCUUCUAACACUGAAUGGUUGAGGAAGAUUGGUCCUUUUUGGGAUGUCCAAGUCACAGUUCUGACUUUAAAGGAUCACAAACAUGUACCACCAUCUAGCCCCCCUGGCCCCCUCAUGCCUCCAUAAAUAUAGUAAAAAUCUUACUGUAUUCAAGCCUGAAGCUGUAACUCUGCAUGCUGUGAGACUCAGAAAAACAAGCAGUCUGCUGACACGUUGUAGCCUGAUCCAAUCACAGUGCUUCCCCAUAGGAUUGGCUGAGACUGACAAAGAGGCAGAUCAGGGGCAGAGCCAGCAUGAUUCAAACACAGCCCUGGCCAAUCAGCAUCUCCUCAUAGAGAUUAAUUGAAUCACUGAAUCUCUAUGAGGAAAGUUCAGUGUCUGCAUGCAGAGGGAGGAGAUACUGAAUCACAUGAUGCUCUGCACAGUGCUGCCCUGUGCUCUGCUGACAGCAGAUCUGAGUGGAUGGAGGCAUAUUAUGCCUCCAUCAACUCCGAAGUCCCUCUGGUUCACUCUGAGUGACUGUAACUGGAGGUGUUCCUAGCUUUCAAUAUAAACACUGUAUUUUCACAGAAAAUACAGUGUUUCCAUGAGAAAGGCUGCAGGGAGGUAUAGUUCUCACCUGAACAACCUCAUUAAGCUGAAGUUGGUCAGGUGACUAUAGUGUCCCUUUAACGCAGCUGUAAUCCUUUGCACAGACCUGUUCAUUCAAGAAAUAUCAGUGGUUUGAGGCCAUUUUGAUAAGGAGAACCAUCCGUGAGAACCUUCAGGGCAAUGCGUGAGUUGAACCUGUGAGAGGUUGAAGGCAUUGUCGCUAAAGAACAAUAUUAAAUCAUUAAAAGGUCCCUUUUUAGGUCAAAUACUGCAUCAAUGUUUCUACAUAGGCACACAAAAAGCUAUGGUUCUAUUAAGGUUCUACUACAAGGCCUUCAGUGAAAGUCUGGCCAUAUUUAAGGUGAAAUAAAAGAGAAGGAAUCGAUUACAACAAUUGAUAAUUAUAGGAUACAGUAUUUGUAAUUUAAAGGGGAGCACUCAUCAGUAUUCUCUGGGACUUCUCUGGAACUGUUUUUUUAUAAUACCUUUUUUCUUUUGGAAUUAUUCAAAAGUGACCAUAAAUCCUCACCUUCAAAUACAUAGUGUUUUAACCUUCUGAUUAAGCAAACCCUCGAGACACUAAAAGGUUUUGUAUAAGGAUAGUUUCACUUGUACACAAACACUGUUCUGACAGGCCCGGACUGGCCAUCGGGCACACCGGGCAAGUACCCGGUGGGCCGCGGUGGCCAUGGGCCGAGGCCAGCAGGGAGAUCACAGGAUCUCCCCUGCCGGUCUUUGCAGGGCCGGCACUAUCCGAGCGCCGGCCCUGCAGUAGUCCAUGGCAGGCCGGUGGGGAGAUCAGAGAUCUCCGUCACCGGCCCACAUGCAGUAUACUGCGGCCGCCGGCGGGGAAGAGAGUGAGGAAGACAGCCUGCCAGCAGAGGAACCCGGAGGAGCUUUAACUAACAACGCUCCGGGUCCUGCGAGAGUGAACUCUAGCCCCACAGGCUAGAGUUCACUCACCACUAGGACCACCAGGGAUGAAUGGCAGCAGGAUCCCCCCUCCCAGGCUAAAGGUAAGCAGGGAGGGGGGAUAUAAUCACUCAGGUCACAGCAGCCUCACUUACUCACAGACACCCUGCACCCCUAACACUCACAGCACACUCACUCACACUGCACCUCUGACACUCACAGCACCCUCACUCACACUGCACCUCUGACACUCACAGCACCCUCACUCACACUGCACCUCUGACACUCACAACACCCUCACUCACACUGCACCUCUGACACUCACAGCACCCUCACUCACACUGCACCCUUGACACUCACAGCAAACACACACACACGCACUGCACCCCUGACACUCACAGCACACACACACACUGCACACCCCUGACACUCACAGCACACACACACACACACAUUGCACCCCUGACACUCACAGCACACACACACCUUACCCGACACUCACAGCACACACACACACACUGCACCCCUGACAUUCACAGCACACACACACACACUGCACCCUGACACUCACAGCACACACACACACACCGCACCCAUGACAUUCACAGCACACACACACACUGCACCCCUAACAACACACACACACACACACCUGCACCCCUCUCACAGCACACACACUGCACCCCUAACACUCACAGCACACACACACCCACUGCACCCUGACACUCACAGCACACACACACAAUGCACCCCUAACACUCACUAGCACACACAUACACAUACACACUGCACCCCUGACACUCACAGCACCCUGACUAGCACACACAUUCACAUACACACACACUGCACCCCUGAUACUCACAGCACCCACACUCACACACUGCACCCCUAACACUCACAGCACACACACACCCACUGCACCCCUGACACUCACAGCACACACACACAAUGCACCCCUAACACUCACUAGCACACACAUACACAUACACACUGCACCCCUGACACUCACAGCACCCUGACUAGCACACACAUUCACAUACACACACACACACACACACACACACACUGCACCCCUGAUACUCACAGCACCCACACUCACACACUGCACCCGACACUCACAACACACACACACACACACACACACACUGCACCCCUGACACUCACAGCUUCCUCACAUGCACACACUGCACCCCUUCACACACAGCUUCCUCACACGCACAUAGCACCCUCAUGCAAACACAGCACCCACUCACACACAGCACACACACUGCACCCAUCACACACAAAGCACCCUUACCCACAUAGCACCCUCACGCAAACACAGCACCCAUCACACACACACACUACACCCCUCACACACACACUACACCGCUUACACACACACACACACACAGAGAGCACACUCACACACACUGCACAAUAUGCUUUCCUAGCAUUUUUGUCUCCUGGUAUCCCAACUAUGGAGACACCAGUGACAAAUUUCAAGCAAACACAGUGCAAGCAUGUUAUUAAAUUUGCUUGCGCUGUGCAGAACAAAUACAGGGUCUUUUUCUCAUGCCAGAGCUCUUCAGCAGAGCUCUGUGCAUGGUCUACCCUGGAAGAGCAUUGAACCAACAUGAUCACUUUGUGGUGGGGCGUGCUUGUCAUUGGUAAUGACAAAACACACCCUAUCUGGCCCCACCCCCUUUUUAGUGGGCUGCUGUAAUUAAAAAAUGCCCGGGCUGAAUUUUCUUCCCAAUCAGGCCCUGUGUUUUGAUGUUACAUUAAGUUAAUGAUUGACAUAGAUUGAACAGUGAAAUAAUCUCUCUUUUUAUUUAGGAGCGAGAAACAACGUUGGAUUUCCGCUAUGUGUCCUUCCAGUCUCCGUGACCUUGAGCACUUAACGGAAAAUGAAGGUAAGGGCAAACAUCUUAUUUUAAACUUUUGAAGUGCACUCUCGAGGCACUCUGGGAUAUUUACGUAAAUGCGGACAAUGUUUUACCUCAUUUGCAUAAUUCCCAUAUUUAUCCUGAAAGAUGAUGCAUAAAUUGCAUACCAGUGAAUUGGAAAGAGAAUUGUAGAACUGUCUGGAAUUAAAUUGUGGGCUUUCUGAAUAAAAAUCUCAAUAAGAAAGCAAUGAGCAUUCUUUAUGUGUCAGUACGACUAGCAAUCUACAGAAAAACAGUUUUGGGGCUACUUAAAAAAAACAAACUGUAAAUUGUGCAUUUCAAAAAUAAGGAAAGAGAUCAAAAGGCAUAGUAUAGACAGAAGAAACCUGUCAGUGUACGAAGAUGGUGCUAAUAGGUUACUACGGGUUUACAGGAGUGAGAAUUCAAAGUGAAUUUAAAAUGUAAGGUCAAAAUAGCCAAAGUGACAAAAAUCUUUUAAUUGAGUAAUGCCUUCAGUUCACUUACUGUGUCUGUUGAUUUGAAAUUCACUUUGCAUUCUCAGUUUAGUCAUUAACCCAUACUAUUCACUAUCGUGAGCAUUCAAAAUAAAUUUCAAACGUAAAGCCCGAGUAACUGAACUGAAAGCGUAGGUGACUUAGAGUUUGUUCGGCUAUUUGGACCUUACAUUUUAAAUUCACUUUGAAUUCACCACGAUUUUUCACUUUUGUGAAUAACUCUGUAAAAGUGACAAGUGGGUAUCAGUGUAAAACACCUGCCACUAGGGGGCAAACAAGCCCCAUAAACUGCCAGUGCAUUUAAUGAUAUGCAAACAGAUAGAAAAUCCAGGCAGGUAAAAGCACAAUAAAAAUAUUACGAGCAUUACUUUUAUAAAUGAUUAAAGGGUCACUCUAAGCACCAUCACAGCUUUCUAUAAUUGCAAAGUUGUCUUAGCUCUGACUGUGGCUUAGUACUGCUCAGUUACAGAAUGUCAGAGUGAAUCUUGUCCAUGUUGUGCGUGUAGAAUGCACACACUAUAAACACACCUUGGUCUGAGCACACUCACCUCCCCAGAAACACAGCCAAGCCACAGACAAUGCAUGUAUGGACUACAGACUGUACAGACUGCAGUACACAACUUGUUUUACCCCCAGAAACACAGCCAGGGCACAGACAAUGCACAUUUGGACUACAGACUGCAGUACACAACUUGUUUUACCCCCAGAAACACAGCCAAGCCACAGACAAUGCAUGUAUGGACUACAGACUGUACAGACUGCAGUAUACAACUUGUUUUACCCCCAGAAACACAGCCAAGCCACAUACAAUGCAUGUAUGGACUACAGACUGCAGUGCACAAUUUGUUUCACCCCCAGAAACAGCUGAGCCACAGACAAUCCAUGUAUGGACUACAGACUACAGUACACAAAUUGUUUCAUCCCCAGAAACACAGCCGAGCCAUAGACAAUGCAUGUAUGGACUACAGACUGCAGUACACAACUUGUUUUACCCCCAGAAACACAGCCGAGCCAUAGACAAUGCACGUAUGGACUACAGACUGCAGUACACAAAUUGUUUCACCCCCAGAAACAGCCGAGCCACAAACAAUGCAUGUAUGGACUACAGACUGCAGUACAAAACUUGUUUUACCCCCAGAAACACAGCCAAGCCAUAGACAAUGCAUGUAUGGACUACAGACUGCAGUACACAACUUGUUUCACAAAACAUAUACAAUUUUUUAUAUCUUUUUUGCAUUUUUUUAUGCAUUAUCUAUAUAGCACAUGAAAAAACUAAAGGGUAAUAAUUAUUCAAUAAUAAGCAGACACCUUCGGCAGUCCAGAUGUUGAGAACUACAUCUCCCAUAACACUCUUACAGAGAUAUUGGCAAAGCAUAAGGGGAGAUGUAGACCACAAAGACCUAGAGUACUAAAGGUUGCCGACCCCUGCAACAAACUAAACUUUCAUUCUCUUCAAUCUGACUGAUAAAAUUAAUCUAAACUGAAACCAAACAAAGCUGCAGGAAAAGCCGAAUGUACCCUGCUUAUCUCACAUGGACCUCACCACUGCAGUGCGGAAUUGUUAGGUUGCGGCUAAAGGUUCACUCCAACCACCAUGACCACCUCACUGAUUUGAAGUGGUAAUGGUGGUAGGCGUGUACAUGUGCAGUGUAUCAGCGUGACACACUGCACACACUUAGUUAUUUGCACUUUUGUGCUGGAGGUUAGUUCACCCACAGCACACGUAACACUGGCGGCCCAAUUCUGUGCAUAAAAAAUGUAUGUCGUCAGCAUGCACUGCACCACAGAUGUAAAAAUCUCCCCCUUGUAGGCAGAGCUUGAAUCUUAGGUUAGUAAAAAAAAAAAUUGGCUUGUAGGUUUACUACAAAAUAAGGUCAGGGGACCUUCUCCAUAGUGCCCAAUAGAACAAUUUAAACAGGAAAGGUUCCCUCCCUGAGAAGGCUUGGAGUAAUCCUUUACAGUGCCUUACGGUUAGGGAGCUGAGGGUUAUGGCUGUAACUACAGUUGCGAGAAAAAGUAUGUGAACCCUUUGGAAUGAUAUGGAUUUCUGUACAAAUUGGUCAUAAAAUGUGAUCUGAUCAUCAUCUAAGUCACAACAAUAGACAAUCACAGUCUGCUUAAACUAAUAACACACAAAGAAUGAAAUGUUGCCAUGUUUUUAUUGAACACACCAUGUCUAACGUGUUUCAUCAUAAAGACUCUUUUUAAUAUUAAUCUAAAUCUGAGGUUUCCCCAAAAGCGCUACACCCCCUCACCAUCUCACAAAUCUAUAUAUAUGCUUGCUAAUUUGGCUAGUCACACAUAUUUAUAUUAUUAAAGGGACACUCCAGGCUCCCACACACGUUAGAUGCACUGUGUAGGUUAGGUUACAGUUAGUUAUACUGGGUGGGUUUAUAUUAUUAAAGGGACACUCCAGGCUCCCACACACGUUAGAUGCACUGUGUAGGUUAGGUUACAGUUAGUUAUACUGGGUGGGUUUAUAUUAUUAAAGGGACACUCCAGGCUCCCACACACGUUAGAUGCACUGUGUAGGUUAGGUUACAGUUAGUUAUACUGGGUGGGUUUAUAUUAUUAAAGGGACACUCCAGGCUCCCACACACGUUAGAUGCACUGUGUAGGUUAGGUUACAGUUAGUUAUACUGGGUGGGUUUAUAUUAUUAAAGGGACACUCCAGGCUCCCACACACGUUAGGUGCACUGUGUAGGUUAGGUUACAGUUAGUUAUACUGGGUGGGUUUAUAUUAUUAAAUGGACACUCCAGGCUCCCACACAUGCUAGAUGCACUGUGUAGGUUAGGUUACAGUUAUUUAUACUGGGUGCGUUUAUAUUAUUAAAGGGACACUCCAGGCUCCCACACACGUUAGGUGCACUGUGUAGGUUAGGUUACAGUUAGUUAUACUGGGUGGGUUUAUAUUAUUAAAGGGACACUCCAGGCUCCCACACACGUUAGAUGCACCGUGUAGGUUAGGUUACAGUUAGUUAUACUGGGUGGGUUUAUAUUAUUAAAGGGACACUCCAGGCUCCCACACACGUUAGAUGCACUGUGUAGGUUAGGGUACAGUUAGUUAUACUGGGUGGGUUUAUAUUAUUAAAGGACACUCCAGGCUCCCACACACGUUAGAUGCACUGUGUAGGUUAGGUUACAGUUAGUUAUACUGGGUGGGUUUAUAUUAUUAAAUGGACACUCCAGGCUCCCACACACGUUAGAUGCACUGUGUAGGUUAGGUUACAGUUAGUUAUACUGGGUGGGUUUAUAUUAUUAAAGGAACACGCCAGGCUCCCACACACGUUAGAUGCACUGUGUAGGUUAGGUUACAGUUAGUUAUACUGGGUGGGUUUAUAUUAUUAAAUGGACACUCCAGGCUCCCACACAUGUUAGAUGCACUGUGUAUGUUAGGUUACAGUUAAUUAUACUGGGUAUAUUAAAGAGAAACUUCAUGUUUCCAAAAUGUUUAAUUCAAAAUACUGCUAUACAGGAUACUAUAACAAGUAAUAAUUUGACAAUCAAAUGAAAAUUCCCAUAAUCCCUUGCUGUGCCUAUAAGGAACUUCAAAUGGGAUAAGCUCAGACGUGCCAUUUAGAGUUAAGAGAACAUAACUGUCUAAGUUACCUCCUAUUUGGAUAGCGUUCGCACAAGAAACUGAUAAACCUAAUGGUUUUGCUGCAAAUGUGCGUUCUUCAAAUUCCAGUAUUUUGUUUCAUUUUGUAUGCUUUGUAAUACAUACAUUAUCUAUAUAUAUAUAAUCCAAGUAACAUUUGUCAUGUCAUGAGUAUAACAUUCAGCAUUAGCUAUGUGUCCAGUGCUGGAGCAGAUUAAUAUUAUAGUUUUUCCUUUUUGCCAUCAGACAUACCCCAAGUGCAGUGUAUCAAAGGCUACACCGCUCAGGGGCACGAUGAGCUCACCCUGGAGAAAGCCGACAUCCUUCGUCUCACGGCAAAGACCAGUGAUGGUAGGUAACGGUAAAUACUAAUCAAAACGACUGGUAAUGGUAUGUAAUAGCCUGGAAAGUCAUGUCAUAGUGUUAAUAACAGGAAGCCUAGAAAUAGUAAGGGCUUGACAAAGUAAAACCAAAGUGUGGUAAUAUAAUUGCAGGCAGUACCAACUAAAGACUAGUGAAAGUAGCUAAUACCCUGCACAUUGGCUAAAGGUGGUACCCAGUAAAGACUGGCGAUUGUGAUUAAUAUUCUCUAAACAAUCCUUAAAUUAUUUCCAGUAUAAAACAUCUCAACAAAGCUCCCAUUUAGCCAAAAACAUUCCUUUAGUAGCUGUCAGGCAGACAAACACUAGACACACUUUCUUCUUAAAGGACCAGUCUAGGCACCCAGACCACUUCAGCUUAAUGAAGUGGUCUGGGUGCCAGGUCCCUCUAGGAUUAACCCUUUUUUUUUAUAAACAUAGCAGUUUCAGAGAAACUGCUAUGUUUAUAAUAGGGUUAAUCCAGCCUCCAAAUCCUCUAGUGGCUGUCUCAUUGAUAGCCGCUAGAGGCGUUUGCGUGAUUCUCACUGUGAAAAUCACAGUGAGAACACGCAAGCGUCCAUAGGAAAGCAUUUUAAUGCUUUCCUAUGAGACCGGCUGAAUGCGCGCGCAGCAAGUGCGCAUUCAGCCGAAAGGGAGGAUCGGAAGCGGAGAGGAGGAGGAGAGCUCCCCGCCCGGCACUGGAAAAAAGGUAAGUUUUAACCCUUUCCUCUCCCCAGAGCCGGGCGGGAGGGAGACCCUGAGGGUGGGGGCACCCUCAGGGCACUAUGGUGCCAGGAAAACGAGUAUGUUUUCCUGGCACUAUAGUGGUCCUUUAAGAUCUUCCAUUUUUAGAAGUCUUCACAUUGGGUGUCAUCACAGCAUUGUGUCACCAAAUGCAAAAUGCUGUAUUUAAAGUUAGAGUGUUCUUUUAGAACUUCGCCAGAUAUGGAUAAGUAAUCUUAACAUACUAACUGCAAAGUUACAAUGUCAUUAACACGGAACAGGUUAAAUGCUUUGCAUAGAAGAAUAGCUAUAUGUUAUAAUAAUAUCAAAACUUAAUUUGUAACAACAGCCCUCGCUUAACUUUGUGUAACUGACAGUUUAACUAUAAUUUAUGGAAAUGUUCUAAUUGCAUCAAUAAACCCAUUAGCUCUUCUCUAGAAAGUGUUUCAUAAAGAUUUAUGAAUUUGACGUGUUAGCCAGGGGUGCAAACUGACAGCUUAGCUUCUAGCGUGGGAUCAGAUUACCCCAUAUUAACACCUUUUCCUCGAGGUGCUUUUUUUGGAUGUUCUGAAUUCAUGUGAUUUUUUCUUGUUUUUUUUUUUCCCCUCUAAGGAUGGAUGGAAGGAAUUCGUCUCUCAGACGGAGAGAGGGGCUGGGUGCCUGCCACGCACGUGGAGGAAAUCACGAGUAAAAAUGCUCGACUUCGAAAUUUGAGGGAAAACAAACGCAUCAAGCAUGCUACAAGCAAACUGGAGAGGGAGCCUCCUUAAAUUAUGAUGCACCAGUUAUAUUUACAUGCUUGAGGAUGCCUCAUGGACCUUUACUAAAUCCUGUACAUUUCAAUGAGUCUGUCCGCCCGUAUUUCACACCCUUGAGUCUGCAGUGAAUCCUUGUGUGAAAACGUGUGAAUCUGUUUCACGCCAUUCCGGUAUAGAAUAUCACGCCUGCCUAGAUCCUUGCAUAUAUCACAGAUGACUGCUGCAGUAAACAGCCUCCAAGAAAAUUCUAAAAAUGUCACCAUUCUGAAUUCCAUCUCAAGCAGAUGGAAAUAGAAAAUUACAUUUGCUGCAGGGUGCUAGCUUCUCAUCUCUAAUUCCACCAGGAACAAAAAUCAUUCGAUCUGCAUACUUAGAGAGAGAGAGCUAGAUUUGACUUGGAGUUUCCAGCAAUGAGAUGUCUAAUACAUUUAAGAAAAAGUAGUAGAUACACAGAACAGUCUUUCAGUGGAAGUAGUCAAGGCCAAGAGUGAUAUAGAAAGGACAGUAGAUAACUAGAAUAGCCUCCAAGUGUGAGGGUAAAUGCCAACAAUGAUAUAGAAAGGGUAGUAGAUACCUGGAAUAGCCUUUCCGUGGAAGCAGUAAAGACUAACAGUGAUAUAGAAAGGGUAGUAGAUACCUGGAAUAGCCUUCCAGUGGCAACAGUAAAGGCUAACCAUGAUAUAGAAAGGGUAGUAGAUACCUGGGAUAGCCUUCAAGUGGAAGCAGUAACAGUGAUACAGAAAGGGUAGUAGAUACCUGGAAUGGCCUUCCAGUGGAGGCACUAAAAGCUAACAGUCACAUAGCAAGAGUUGUAAAUACAUGGAAUCACUAUCCAUUGGAAGCAGUAAACGGUAACAUUGUACAAUUUGAAGAAUGUAUGGGACGUGCAUAAGGCUAUUCUGAAGAACAGAUCAGUUUGAGGUUUUAUAAUGUAUAGACAAGGCAGGCAGAUGAGUAACAAUCUAUGUUUCUGUUUAACAGCAAUGCAGCAUGACAGUGAUUAGCAACAUUAAGCAUCUCACCACUUAAUUCUGAGGAAUUUAUCAUUGCUGCUUCUUUCCACGAUUCCCUAGAAUAUAUAACUGUGAACACAAUCCUCUAUGUUUAAUUGCAGGCCCAACAAGCUCCACUCACGUGCAGACCAGUUAUUUCCUAGUUACAUACACUGAAAUGUAAUAGCCACUAAGGCUAGUUUGAACCACAUCAUGAGAUCCACCUAAGGAUAUCCAGACUGUAGUAUAUAAGAUGGGGAGGUCACCGUAGUCCCUUUUUAACCUGCUUCUAAUGGGUGUGUACAAUUUGCCGGUGACCCUGUAAAUAUUUCUCAUUGCUGUAUAAUUAAAACUUUGUUCGGAAUGAAUACUGCCAGCAACUCAUGUGAUAAUUUUAUCUAUGUUUACAAAUACACAUCAAAAGCAAAUAUCACACCGGCCCGUCCACUAAACUGGUUUACAGAAUGAUGUCACAGCAGAACUCAUCUAUAGUACAGUGAAUUGUAAUGUAAACAAAUAUGACAAAAUCCCAGCUAAAACUGUCAAGAUGUGACUACAGCUAAAAUGGAGAUUUUCAGUUCACUAGAACUCACUAUUAAGAGAAUAAUCUCACGGUUCUCUAACACAUUGUUGGAGAUUCACAAAGACAUUUCAAAUUUAAAUCUAAAAUAA